AUGGCUACAGUGGUAACAUCGACCAGAUUCACAGACGAGUAUCAGCUGUACGAGGAGCUCGGAAAGUAAGCGACCGUCAUCCGCGCUGCUGCUGCUGCUGCUGCUCUUGUUGCAUUCAGAGUGUGUCUCUCUGCGUGUCUGUGUCUCUGUGUGUGUGUAUGUGUUUUGCACGCUUUUCUGCUCUCUGCUGCUGCUGCCAUUGUGCGCGUUUCCCUAAGUGUUGACAGGGCACGAAAGGGUCUGUCAAAAAGGGAAGGGUACUACGAGACACCUUAGCAACAGUAAGCUGUGGGCAGGUUCAUGUUUGUAUUUAAUCCCCGAAUGCGUGUUUAAAGGUGUACUGCACCAUUACGGACUGUCUUUGUAAAAGAAAAGGUGCGAAACAUCCGCGUUUACGACCAACUUGUUCGUCGGUGCAUCUGCAGGUAGCACGCGCCGUUGCCUGGUGGCAUCCUCGCGCUCCUGUUUAAUCAUUCAGCGCUGUUUUUGUGCAUUUCUGAACAGACUGCAGAGCUACUGUAUAUGUCAAGUCACGGACAGAGAAAUCGAAGACGCGUUUUUUUUUUUUGCUGCAAAUAACACUGUUGCGUGUCCACAUUUUUGUUUUGUCACGCGUUAAUCGACGGCGUCCAGGAUUAAAACGUGAGAGGACGCGUAGGUUACAGUGUAGAUCCAGGUUACAAAGCCACUUUACAACAUGUAAUCUCUGCGUGUGGCUAAUAGAGCUGCUCCGCCUACCAAUACAGCCAACAGCAUGAGACUAAAGGAGCAGUCUGUGCAAUUAUUUCAUAGUAAAACGCAGGCUAGAGCACAGAUGAAUGUAAGAUUUUCUUCUGCAGCUGACAGAAAGAGAAAAAUUUGAUGAAAUAAUAAUAAUGAAAUGACCUUAAUUCAUCUUUUUUGUUUCAUAUUACAAUAUAAAAAUAUUUUUGAUAGUGGUUUUAUGUGCAAGAUGCAACAGUAACUUGAAUUCCUUCUGCUUUAGUACUUAGUCUAUUUUCUUGAUGCAAAAGAUACCCUCCUAUAUCUACCAUGCUUGGUUCAGUCAUCUGAGACUCUUUUAAUCCUUUUAUACAGCAAAUUUUAAAGGGACCAAUACAGCUUAAUAAUGCCUCUCUGUCUCUGUAAAAGCCAUAGAGGUUGAAUUAUGGGGGCAGAGUUACUCUGCAGCAGACUGACAGAAGAAGUUUUAAUGAAAGCAACAGUGUAGCCAGCAUGAUACAACAGCAUUGUGUGUAUCAGAACCUUCUGUAUUAUGUUCCGUUUGCUUCUACAACUCUGUAAUACUGUGUUAAAUUACUCAUUAUACACCAAUUUGAUGCUCUUUUUGAGGUAAAAAUACAAAGGCAGGGCAAAAGCAAAGCUCUAUUUUUCCAUUUUUUGUCACAGGCGUUUGUGACACUAGCAUGAAGAAUGUAAAGAGUACUGGUAUGGUCAAACAAUUGUACUAUACCAACAGAGCUGUGGAGAAAAAUACUGAUAGAAUAUAUUCUGAUGAUAACUUGUGCAAUACAACUAUACCACACACAGCAUAACAUCUGUGUGACUCCUUGCAGCAGUCCCAGUUGACUUCAGUAUACAUUGUACCAUGAAGGGGAAUGCUGUAUUCUUCAGCUGAUCAGUUGUUGGGAUGUACUAUAACUAUUAUGAUUGUUUUGCAUUUCCUUUGAUUUUAACACUAUUGAGUUAUUACCAUAUUAAAAGCCAUUGAUUUUGUUAUUAUUAUGCUAGCCUUUUGUUAUCUGCCAUUUCAAAUGAGUUUACAGAUCUAUUUUAUGAGUGUACCAGAAAACACCCUGGAUGUAUUGCCCUUGAAGCACUUAAUACUACACCGCAAGUGUAGCAAUUAAAAGGAUACUUCCUUGGCACAUUAUCCAUCUAAGCUCUGUGUCUAAGCAGCCACAGUGUUAACCAAGAGCAAGACGGUUUGCCAUGCGUAGGAAUGCUCCCUCAGAGCUGGCCUGGCCUCGUAUAACUGAACACACGCAGCAGUAAUUGUGACAGUGGUAGUGUUUCAUGCAUUCAACAGGCAGGUGACACUCAAACUCUGCAUCCGUCACCUUGUCUCUGGAGAAGGGGUUGAACUUAUUAUAUGGAAAUCAUGAAUGUUUAAAAUGUCAUGAUUUAACCAGUGGUGUCAUUAGCAAGUAGAGUGAUGUCCUUUGACUUGUUUACACUGGGUUAGGGUGUGUAUUAGCUGCACUGUUGCAUAGGUACACAUAAUUGAAGGAUAUUUACCUGACAACCACAUGCCACAUAGUGUAUCCUGUGACCAUUGCACACGCACAAAUUGCAGUGUCAACACAAGAGCAGUAUCUUGUAGCCUCUAGCCCUACCCCACAUUUCCUCUUGUGAGCUAAUGAGGAGCGCUCUCCCUCCUCUGUCAAAGACGAGCACGAAGGACCUCUUCUCACAUCUCAUACUCAGAAUAUCAGACAGUAUUAAUUAUGCAUGAGACUCCCUCCCCCUUCCUUUAGUUUUGUGUGAUUAAUGCAUGCCCUUUUUGUGUAAAGUGCACAGGUUAUCCACUUUGUCCUUUGACGUACACAUGCAGCACACCCACACGCAGGUGAUGCAAAGUUUUGUUACGCCAUUGAUUAAUGUUGGUUAUUGAUUUCUUCUUUUUUUUUUUUACCAGGGGUGCCUUUUCAGUUGUUCGCCGCUGUGUUAAGAAGUCCACUGGUCAGGAGUAUGCUGCUAAAAUUAUCAACACAAAAAAACUCUCAGCAAGAGGUAAGUGCAGUUAAUACUCUAUUGUGUAGCUUAGCACUUCAAUAAACAAGAAACUUGAAUUUGGGGUGACUGUUGCUCAGAGAAAUUGGUAGCAGGUUUGUUUUCUCAACAGCAACAAAGUAGGUGCUUUAUCGUAUCCUUGUAAGCACAGAUUCUUGAGGAGUUAGAGGUCUGCUUUUGUACAGUGAGACUCAGUGAUCUUUGGCAAUUGUGUGUGCACCCAUGUUUAGUUUGUUAUGGUUACUGUUGGUCUUGUAUGUGAGCCAGCUUGACCUUUUAGCUGAAAAUAACUUCAACGUUGACAGCAGCUCAUGGCAUGAGGUAAAGGAAAGUUCUGGGUUUGAUUUCUUCUUUUAAAGCAAGGGCCACCAUUUGUUUUGGUUGUGACGACAUGACAUUAUUAAGUUGAUACCAAGAAUGUAAGGAAAAUGCAGUUUUACUACAGAUACUCGAGCUCAAAGUAUGAACAGUUAGACGAAAACUUGAGGUGAAUUUGCAAAAAGACUUCCUGGAUCAUCUCAUGUCUGCACUUGCCAUACCUCUAUAACACUGCUGGUAUAAAACCAAACUGAAAUACUUCACCCUUGUCAACUUGUGGGAGACGAAUGCUGAUUGGUGCUGUACAUAUACGCAAAAUACACUCUGGCUGACCGUUUCUCUGCCGCCACUAUGUGACUUACUUUUGUGUCUAAGUUGGGCGAAAACUUGACCGCCCAUUAAAGUGCAGGUCCCACUGUUUCCUCUGUGCUUCGAUGAAGGGGCUUGUCCAGACUGUUUCAACUGGGGUGACACAACUGGAACCCUAACCCUUUGUUGGGGUGGCCGGGUAAUUAUGACUUUGUUGAGAAAUCAUGUCUUUGAAACACAAAAGCCAAAACUAAGAAAAUAAGCCCAAAGUGGUUACCUAAAUCUUUUAAAUCAGUGUAGUAAGUUCAGUUUUGAGAAUUUUGAAGUGUCUGCCAGGAUCUGUGUAUGUGAGUCAGCGCAGUUUAGCACAUGUUGGAAACACCACCACCUGUGCUUCAACAUUUGCAGCAGAUUUGUUGCUGCUGUCAUUAAUCAGCCUGUUACACUGUCUGGUGUUUCAUAGCACUCCCUCUGCCAUGUAUUUGAAUCCAAGCAUCUUUUGUCUGUUGGUUAUUGUGGUUUUGUGUUUGCACAUGAUUUCCGUGGAUCUGUCACAGUUUCUCUUCUCAUCUGCGUGUGUUACCAAGUUACAGACUGUGUGUGUGCGUGUGUGUGCUGCCUGUUUGUCUGACUAAGCGUCAGAGCUGGGCCACCACAGAGUUGAGUGAUGAUAUGAGCUGCAGAUCAGGGCCAGUUCUGGACUGAUUGGGCUGCUCUUUUCCCAGGGGGAACGCAGACUGAAUUGCUGUGUCUCACUCUCUGCCUCUCUGUCUGUCUCAAACACCCCCACCCAAGUCAUUUUCCCUCCAUUUUAAGUAGUUUUCUCCCUUCCUCUUCUUUUGUUCGUCGUAAACAAAAAGAUUGAUUUUAGGGGAGAUCUCAAAAACCCCUCUAACCAGGCGAUUUGAUCUAGUGUGUGUCUGUGUGUCUGAGUGUGUCUGUCUUGGCUGUGGUCUGGAGCUGGUAGCCCGGCAACAGCAAGGGUGAACCUCUUCAUCCCAUAGGCUGUCUGGCAGAGAGAUCAUGUUGUGUAUGUGUGAGUGUGUGUGUGCGUGCGUGCGUGGGUGUUUGUGUGUGCGUCUCUGAAUCGUGGUCACAAUUAUCACACAGAGACGACUGCUCUUUUCACACUUGAAGCACAAGCUCAGUUGCUGUCAUUUCUCUCACCUAAGUACUGAAUGGUUCUCACACUAUCUGUGUACAAGGACUGUUUGUGUACAGUUUCUCAUUGUGAAAUAAACACACAUUUGUCUGUCCUCCACUGCACAAUGUCCUUAAUCAGAGCUUAAAUAUGCUUAUGCUUCUAGCUGUUUUUUAGACUCACCACGUCUUUUGAUUUUAAGAUAGAUUAACACAAUUCUUAAAUGAGACAUCUUUAAUGGCUUCAGUAUUGUCUUUUUCGUUUGUUUUUUUUAGUUAAAGUAGUGUCUUCUUUUGGUACUGCAAUGUUCUAAAUGGGAAUUACUGGAAUUCAACUGGAUUGAGCCAAAAAGGGAAGCAGUCAGACAAUCACACAGGUCUUAAACAAACUUGCAGGCUAGCCAAGGGGAUUUGAAGUACAAAACAACAACAAACAAACCUUCCAUUGUAAACGUUCGACACGGUUUACACUCCGGGUUCAACUUUGGUCACCAAAAAUUUGCAUAGUUUUGCAAGUAAACAGUCGAGGAACCAUUUUCUCAUCUUUAUCUUUUACCAUGACCACUGCAGAGGACUGCAUAAAAUCACUCUCUACAAUGCCCAGGCCAUGUAUUCUUACUAUUCGGCCAAUCACUUGACACAUCACUAAUCUCACCUGCCCAUUGUAAGUUUAAGUUAGGGGAUCCUGGCUGACAUUUUCAGGUUGUUUUGAGUAGCUGUGUUGAGUUUUAGGCAGUAGAACCUCGCUCAAGAUUUAGCCUGGCUAACAAACUAUUCUACAGUUUUCCAAAACAAUAGACUAUCACUGCCUGGGAUUCUGCGGGCUGAUGAUUUGGAUGGUUUAGAUGUCAGGAUAAAUUUGUAGUAUUGCUUGUACUUAUGAGGUGUGCGUGGGCGGGAUUAAGCCCUAUUCUCUAUGUGGCUCAGGGAGGGCGCAUUGACUGGUGGUGAGGUCAGUGAUUAUGGCCGGGUCGUGUGGCAUCACAUGCAUGUGCACAGGCACUCAAGCGAAUUCUGACACACACACGCACACGUACACACACAGGAUAUGCCACUUUCAUUGACAUUUACACACGUUUGCAUUCACACAGACACGUGUCUGACCAUGGUACAGUAAUUACACUGUGUUACUGAAACUGAACAGUAUGAUCCAAACAAAUUUUUGGUUACUAUUUACAUUCAGAGUACUCUUGAAAGCUUUCUUUAAUUGUAUACACAUCAUAUUUUAGACUGGGAAACAAAGUGUUGAUAUAGCACUCUUAUGACUAUUCGUGUAGUGUUUAAGUCGAGUAAUUGGUUGAUUCACCGACUGUCAUUUAACAUUUUGGAGGAAGGCUCACUUGUCUUUUGAAGCAGAGUCAGAAUAAAAUAAGAUAAGAAGGCUACAUCCAGUUAGCUUAUCUUAACAUAAAGCAUAAAGACUGUACUCAGAGGGGAAGCAGUUGGCCUGGAGUAACAAAGUCUAUAUUCAUAAACACAUCUAUUUGAUCAACAUGUGAUUUAUUGUUUGUUAUGUCUGUACAAAUAAACCAAAAUUUAAAAAUGACAAAUCAGUGGGGUCAUUUCUCGGUCAGAUCAGCUACUCUCUGAAGUCCCCGGUGGUUGCCUGGCAACUGUUUGGAGCUCAUAAACAGUUUAUCACAUACUAGACCCCUUUAAAAACAGCAAACAACUGUAUUGUUUAAAUACCAUCCCCUCAGACAUGUAAGUGCUUUUGGUCUAUGAGUACUGAAGGUUACUGACACUGUAAUUCUGUAUUUCACAAGAGAGUCUCAGAUCAGUUUACAGAAGUAGAUAAUGACAGUCAUAGUUAGCCUGAGGCAGCAGUCACUACCUGAUAAAAAACCGUGGGAAGCAGAAGUUGAGAAAGGAAGUGUGCCUAUAAGCUUUACUUUUUCUUUGUUGGAGAAGUGCUCUUAAAGACAUUUGUGCACCCGCUGAUAAAAACUAUAUAUAUAUUUUUAUAUUUAUAAUGUCAGGAGUGUGUUCAGCUGUUAUAUCUGCCAAAGGGGGCUACUUUGAUGAGUCAAAAGUUGAGAAUACAUUUCUGCUUCUAAAUUGAUUCUAGGAUUUCUUUCUUAACUUCUAUUGUUUAUUUGUUCUAUGCAUUAAUUUCAGAGUACACUGAGACAUUAAACUGCAUCAUUUCAAUAAAAUUCUGGAAAAGUUGGGGUGUUGUAAAACUUUCGACCAGUAGUGUCUAUAUAUACAUAUAUAAAACUUAUAUAGGAGUGACUCUGUCACAUCUAAAGUGUACCAGACAGCUAAAAAAAUGUGUCUGAAAUGCCUUCUUUGUAGUCUUAGCAUCCAAAGAAAGUGUUGACAGUGUGAUCUAUUUUGCAGUGUUUUAUGUUAUUUUUAGCUCCAAUUAGGUGUCUCGUAUUGUAAGUAUUUUUACACUGUUAUUAGGUAAGGCCUUUGUGAUGUCAGAGAAACAGAGUGGGAGAAAGAGGGAGGAGAGGCUGGCAGCACUUGUCCCACUGUUGAAUUAUUGAGGUGCUAGGCUGCUCGGCUCUCACUGAACACGGACAAGAGCUGAGGAGUGGACCCUCACACUUUGUUUUCUUUGCAUCCUUUUGAAGAUAAUUUCUGCAUAAGUUCAGUUUUUCCUGAACCAUCUUAUCUUUCUUCCUCAUUUUUCCUCUUCCUCCAUCUUGUAGCCAUAUUAAUCCCUCACCCUCUUCUACCAGACUUCUCAGGCCAUGCAGGCAGACUCUGUGUGUGUCAGUGUGGAUCUUAGGUGUGUGUCAGUGGUUUUUCAGGCGUUUGGUGGGCCUCUUGUGCUCUUGCUGGAGGCUGAUUGACAGAGGGCAGAUAAACGUAGCAGCGCAGUGUAGUGAAUGUUUAAUGGGACCAACUGUGAAUAUUUGAUGAGAGAGCGUCAUAUGUGGAAAAGAGAGUGUUGUAGGUAUAGAAAGAGUGAGUUGGACAGGGUCAUAUACUCCAAAACAGAAAAAAUGCAUUAAUACACAUACACAAUAUAUGCCUUCCUCCUUGCUCAAAAAAAGUAGCGUUAAAGUAAUAUGUAGUGUUUGUUUGUAUUUUGUGUUGUGUGCGCGGGGAUGCAUGUGCAGGGGUGUGUGUGUGUGUGUGUGUCCUGAGGUUCAGUGUGUUAUUCCAGGACUCCCCUACUAUCACACUCACAAUGCCCUCUUUUUCUCUCUUAAUCUGCUCAUCAUUAUCCCCCUGUCCAAAGCAUAUGGCAUCAUGUAGGGGCCAAAAAGAAUUAAAUUUUCAUUUACCAUCUAGUGCCAUAUAAUUUGUAUCAAAGGGACUAGUUAAUCACAAGAAAGUCACUCUACAAGCCAGAUGAAUUUAAGGGUUUGACCCAACAGUGAUAGUACAGCUGAUAUAAAUAAUUGCUUUAAUUAAUUGUUCUGCUUAGAUGCUCAUUUUCCACAUGAUGAACUUUCAAUCUACAUCUCUGCCCUCUUCCUCUCUAUUGGCCUGUUGGCCAAAUACCAUAUGAAACCAAACUUGAUUCGUUAUGUCUUUACGACAACCUGCUCCAUCUCUACAAUGCAUUAUAUUAUGAAAAAAAAUGAGCGUGAGUUAAGCUGCUAACCUGUCCGGAAGUGUGAAAAACUUGGGGUCAGGGAUAUAACCUCCUGUCCAUCACAUUGGCGCUGACAUAACUUACUGUUAUGUAUGGAGUUAUAUGUUAUAUUUUUUUUACGUUUUAACUUAUUAAUUUUUUAGAUGUUUUAAUUACGCCUUCUUUAUUGGUAUUAGUGUGCAAUAGUCUCCACCUAUUAUUUUUAAUUAUUAUUAUUUUUUUGUAUUGUCAUUCUUAGCUGUUUUGUUUUCACAUCACAGUAAAACACCUUGAAUUGCAUUAGACUUGAAUGAAAAGUACAAUAAAAAUAAUUUCUUGAUUUCUGUUCUAGCCAAUCAUAGCUCUUAGAUUUUUCUUGUCCAGCUGUUUCCCUUUGUCUCUCUUUUCUUUCUUUCUCAGGUAUUACAUACUUGUUAGAGCAAAAUAUAAAUUGUCCAUCUGUGAUUUGAGUCUGUGGGUUUGCUAAAGAUCACAUUUGAUAAAGAUGAAAAUUGAGUCUAUUGGACAUUUUUCACUGAUUCACAGCACUGCAAGAACAAAAUUGUCUAAAUACAGUCAUGCCUUAUUGACGGUAUGAAAUGAUAAGUCCCCUUGGCCUUAAGUGCAAUUUUGAUUCAACUGAGGGAAGUGGGAACUACUGAGACUAUCAUCCAUGCAAGUCUAUUAUUCGUUACACACCACUUGCUGCUUCCAAUGCAGUGUGGUGAAAAUGGCUGUUGGUAAAGGUUAAUAAACACGCUCUAGGCAAAGUAUAAAUCCCCACCAUGGCCAUACUGAAGUCAAACACUGUUAACAACUCUCUACAGAGAGUCAAAGGCUAACGUUACACAGAGCCUCAAGCAAGCAGUGAGCAUCUAACUCACCACUGAUGGAUGGACUUCAGACUUGAGCUCGAUAACUUGUAUUGUUCUUCAAGUCUUCAUUUGCUUUUUUUGGGGGGGUGAUGUUGCUUUCUUAAUAACAUACAAGUACUGUGAGUAAUGAUGAAAACAAUUACCAGAAUUUAUUAAAAAUACAUUUACCGGUCCUGGAUCCAAUUCAAAUUCUUAUUCAAAUUAGUAUGCGCACUCGUAGAUUCAGGUCUGUGCGCCAGCCACAAAAUAAAUUACCCAGUAGUGGUAUGGUAAAAGAAGUGGCUGAAUGCACUGCUUGUGUCACUGUUCAUGUAUAGUCUCACUCAAAGACUCUCCAGACUCAUACUUACUGUGAUAUGGGAAGAGUAAUUACACUUAACAGGUAAGUAAGUCGGCAACUGUGCAGCAAUGCUGUUUUCUAAAUCGAGAGAUUUUUAUUGGGAUUAUUUAUUGUGACAGUUGGAGGAUUGAAAAGGCAAUAAAGUAGUGCACACAAAUGGGAGAGGCAUCCUGCAAUAUGUGUGACUGUGUGUGUGUGUGUGUUUGUGUGUGUCUGAAACUACGGUAUUCCUAUUUUACUUUUAAUGUUUCCACAUUGAGCAUUUCACUUUCUCUCUACCUCAUGCAUUUUUAUUAUUACAGUGUUUCACAAGUUGGUAUCUAUGCUGUUUUUCCAAAAUUUUUAACCAAGAAAGUCAGUAUUAUUUGAAAAGGUUAGAUCAAGGACAACAGGGGUUUGAUUUAUUGGAUAGAAAGGAAGGAAGUGGGAAAGAAGGAAAGGUAGGUGGAACUAAAUUGGAAGCAAGCAAGGAAGGUCUUUGAAAUGAGAUAAAGGACUGACUGUAAGAAAGUAAAAAAGAUAAAGUAAGGUAGGUAAGGUAGGAGACUGAGGGAGGUUAGGGGUUAAGAAAGUGAUAGGGAAGGAGGCUAGUGAGGGUGGAAUGAAGGAAUAAGGAAGUAAGUGAGGAAGAUUGGCUUGCACAAUGUGUGUGUGCACGUGCAUGUGUGUGUGUGUUUCUACAGCUCUGUGGACUCUUCAGACAAACUGAGAUAACCUAUUCCAGAUCACACACUCACUGUCAGGCUGUCAAUCAAAUAGCCUGUCUCCAUGGUAACAGCUAGUUUACAUGCAUCCUAUUCUUCACACCUGACAACCAAAAUGAUUAGGUGUCUUGUACAAUAAAUAGUGACAUAGAGCACUCAGAUUUAUCAUACAAACUCAGGUCCUUUUAACCAAUUAGAUACGGUCUUUGUUUUUCUAAACUUUGAAAACACUGACUUUGUAAACUUUGAGCUAAAUUAUCUGAUGACACUUUUAGCUUCAACAUUGAUGAUUCAGCAAACUGAACCAAUAGCAGUAUAGUGUAAGGGGCAUAAUAACGUGCUUUUUGUGGGAGUGGACUACUGGAGAGACUGAAAAUGUGGGAAGAGAGAGGAGAAAGUGACAUGCAACGUAUCAUGCAUUAUCCUACAAGCAGUGUGAUGAGGAUUGCAUCCUCCAUUUGAAACAUUUUUGCUUCCAAAUGAGCUCAACAAGUGUCCCAAUCUGCAUGUUAAGACGUUGUGAGCGAUAGUGCCCUAUUAUUAAAAAGUUUUCGUAAGUCUUUGCUUUAGAUAGAGCUCCACAAGAUCAGAAUAAAGCCUAGAGUGGCGUUGUUCAAGCCAGGGUCCAUUAGGAGUGGAGGAUGUAAGUCAUUUUGGAUCUGGAAUUGUAGUUGGAAGGAACCUCUGCUGUCUGAUGCUCAUCUCUGAUUGAAAAUGGCAUACAGCUAAAGAGUGUGUGUCUGUGUGCUCAAUCAAAAUCAUACAAAACCAUAUAAUUUUGAGCAAUUUUAAGGUGAGAAUUACUUUGAAAACAAUGCUCUUUUUCUGAGCAUGUGUAUGUAUGUGUGUUCAUGGCUGUGAAGGCAUGUUUACUGUAACAAGGGGACCCACAAAUGGUUUUGAAUUUCCAAAGAGGUUUUGACACGCUGAUAGCUACCCACCCAUGUAACGGCUGAAUGUGUGCAGUGACGUUUGAAACUUAAACAAAGUGAGGACAUUUCAUUGAUGUUGGUACUGCUCAGCAAACUUCAUGGUUGUGAGCUGCAUAUUUCAAAGCACUCCUGUUCCUGCCUCAUUUACCUCCUUUCAUCAAACUCUCUUGCUCACAUUUCACUCAGCAGUAUGCUUUUAAAAGGCGGCUAAUGUUUAUCCAGGCCGCAGACUUUUUCUGUCUGCCUCAGCGUGCCACUUUACACGCCUUUUCAUUUUAGUGGUGUGUGUGUGCUUUUGAUUGCUUAUUUUACAAAUUGUAAACCUGGUGUUGUGAAGCCAGACCAGUGAAACCACACUGAAAUCCUAAUUUGGCAUUAUGUACAAAGAAACACAAGCCCACACAACACAAUGAUCCGUGUAAAUAUUUGUUAACCCUCUGUUCUUAUUAUCUCUAUUUACGUUAAGGUUUCUUUGCACAAGACUGUUUUCCUAACAAGAGGAUGUUUAACCAGCCACGCACAGACUCACACACUAUGCUGCUCUCAGAUAACCCAUGUACACACAAAUCGACAUGCUUUAUUGUUCUCCUGUCAGUAUGAUGCUUUUUAGUUGUCUGCUUAAUCGUGGUUCUGCCUUGACAAUAGACACCUGCCUGCAGGCUCUCAGCCAAGUUCGAAUCAUUUAAUUAUCUCUAAUGAAAGCUACUCUGCCGCUCUAAAAACAGUUUGUAGUAUCCCAAUAAAUGUGUUGAAUGGAGCAGAGUGUGCAGCUUAAUUGUUGAGUUGAAGAGCACACUCCUGUUGACUGGCACAGCACCAACACAGGUUGUUCAUUUCAGUCUGCUUCCAAGAUAACAAUCAAAACACCACUUUUCACUUCAGCUAUCAAUCGCCUGCUCUUGACAGACCUAAAUGUCAGUAGAGGUGAUAACGUUUUCGUGGGAGAUCCACUUGAUCAUCAGUGGAUUAAAAAUACCAAACGAGCUCCCACAUAGAGUAGAGUAUUGUCAGUACCUCACUGUGAAGCGUAUGUUCUUUUAACAGUCAGAUAUAUAUCUUUCUUUGAAUUAUUAAAGUGUUGAAUAAAAAAAGGACAAUAAGAAAGGCUUGUUUAACAGCAUCUACUUGGAGGUUGCUAUUUCAGACAAUGAAAAUUACUUGGCUGGAGUCAAUCUCCUCAUGAAUAGUCUGAAUUGCUUUUACAGGUAAUUUAGAGGCAUCAGUUGAUUUUUUUUUAUCCUGCUGUGUGUUUUUGGACCUUACUUUUUGCAUAUAUUUUAAUCUAAUGAAAACUGAAUGUUGCGCUUUGUUGCUCUGAAAUAUUUAUUGAAUUUUUAGUCUGCAGCAGUAACUUUGUCAUAACUUUUUACACAAAGCUCUGGAAAGGUUUUAGAACACUAACACUAAGCCCUUCACAUAUUUGUGAACAAAGAUGCAUUAGCUUCGUCUCCUAUCUCUCUUACGGACCAGGUCCUGCUAGACCAUAAACAAAGCAUUACCAGAUGUCACUGCUUGUACUGUAUUUCUGGUAAUAUCAUAUUAUUUAAAAUGCAAGGGCUUUCGGUAGAGGGCUGUAGAAUCGGUUGUUAGUGCUGUACUCCUUAGAGACAAUUACCUAACCUAAUUUAAAGGAAAAUGUCUGACACUGUAAGUUCCUGUCCCUGCUGUAAAACAAAUGAUCAAACACCAUCAUUCCAGAAAUGCUAGAGAUAUUAGUAAGGUUUGGAUUUGUUUGUGAAGAAGAUAAACUCAGACGACAUGAGUUAUAUCAGCUGCCUUUUUUUGACACCUUCUCUGGUUGCAUUGAGUUUUUUUGUUUUGUUUUGUUAUGACUGUGAAUGUGUGUGCAUGUGUUUAUUUGUGUCUUGUACUGAUAGUCUGACUGCGCAAUGAAGGUCAUUAUCUUGUUGGGAGUAAGUAUGGGAUCAGUCAUUGUGUGUAUGCGUGAUGAAAUCUCAGAGUCAGCUACUCUCAGGGUUAAAGAGUAUCUCAUCAUGAGCGAGAGGCUGCACUCCACUACAUCAAGGCUGGGAACAUAAAUGUUAUAUAUAUGCAAGAAUAAAGGUGCCAGUAUCGACCUCCAGAUCUAUUCUUAGUGCUUUUUUUGGGGUUUCAGCAUCACACACUUUUUAAGCUGUCCCUCUGCCAAAAGUUCCUUCCAGCUGCAACAUUAUCACGAGGCCCGAGAUGUGGUCAGCAUCUGAAUUACUUUAUUUAUGAUUAAAUUUUCACGGUUUAAGUUCAUUUUAAACAACUGAUACGGUAUUGACAAUAGUGACAUCACUUAAGGUAAUGAAAUCAAAUGCAGUUUUUAUCUACCAGUUAUUUCCCACUGGUACAAUUACAGCCCUGUCUGCACAAUCAAUGAAGAAAUUCACUGACAAAUCUUGACCCAGUGCUUAACAACAUCGUUUGGAUCACAAUAGUGUCUGAUUAUUGCAAACAUUACCAUACACAUUAAAUAAAAACUGGUAUUUAUUUAAAAGGUUUAAUAGCAGCAGCAAUACUGCAUUUUUCACCCUUUUCUUUCAAGCAAAAGCCACGUUUAGGAACUGUCCUGUAUGUUUUCACCUGAGUAUAAUCCUUAGAGUCUUUAAACCACCCAUGGGGUCAUGUUCUCAGGUGACAUAGCUCUAAUGCUAUAAGCUCUGAACUGUACUUAAUGACAUGAGGCACCAUGAGCUGGCAGAGGAGUUGUGAUGAAUCGAAUGUACCUUUAAUCUCAUGAAGUAUUUGCUUAUCUAGGGUGCACUGCAAGUUAAAAAAGAAAAAAUGUAGAAAAACAGGAAAACUUUGAAGUCAUUAGGGAUGAUUCUGUUUCUGUUCUACACAUCAGCGUUUCAAUUUCACAAAUAGAAUUGUUGUCCGACCUGAUCCAUCCUGUCAUCUUAAAAAAAAAGAGUAAAAGUGAGAACAUUAGUUUGCAGCACUAAUGCUCUGGAUUCCCUCUGCAGCACAGACUGGAAUUAAAAACUUCUCCCACUGAAGGAUGACAUCCCGAUGCCUCAUGUGUUAUGUAAGGUGGUUGUCAAAAGAAUGUCCCCACGAAAGCUGACGUUGUAGAAAGACUUGGGUGUCUGUAUGGGUGUUUAGUCAGCACCUGACCACUUUCCUCAGUGUAUGUGUGAUUUGAAGCAGGGUGCUGCUGAUGCUGUAUGACGUGAACACAAGCCUCAGAGAGUAGCAGGAUACUGCAGGUUCAAGAGGGCAGAAUCUGAGAUGCAUGUAUGUGAGGAGGGAGCUAUAAGAAGAGUUCACAGUGACUGCCAAUGAAGACAGAAAUAUAGAGCUAAUGAAAACGACAAUCGGACUGUUGUAUCUAAGAAGGGACACAAACAUUAUCGAUCAGUUCAAGUGUCUGAUCUGUUAUAAAAUGGAUUAAAACUGUAUUAUUUUUAGCAGUUGUUGGACUCAGAAGAGUGCAUGUUUACUAAAAACUUUAACAAAUGAUGACUAUAUAACUGAAUAAUAAGUAAAAUAUAUUUAAAUUUGCUUUUUAUGUUCGACUUACUGCUUAAAUACAAAUAUUUCAAUCAACAGUUGGUAAAUUGUAUUACUAAUACCUUAUAAGGACGAAAGGGAUUUUAUGUAAAUAAAAUUGUUUUCAGUUUCAGACAAAAUAAGUUAUAAAACCACGUCUUUCAAAUUUUUUAAUGUUGAGGUAUAGGAAAACCUGCUAUUUAGUCAUGUGGCCAAAUUGGUUCAAGUAAGAAACCGCACCUUCUUGACUUGUCCUGUCUUGUGAUUAUCCUACAACAAUGACCUAAAGCAUGCAACCUGUUGUGCGCAGGGGUCAGCAGUAAAUUCACAUUUGUGUUUGUGCUGUUGUUAGCAGAGGUGUUAACCUGUCACCAUUACUGCAAUGAGAACUGUUCACUGUAAACACAGUUAACCUUUCACUGUAGACAAAACAGAAAGAGACCCAGCUCAGCGAGACUCAUGCUGAUACAAAUGAUCUUAUUGACUUACUCUCCACUAUAUUUAUUUCUGCCUCUGAGCAUAUUUUUAUGAAGAUUGCUUGGGCUUUUACACAACAUAAAAAUUUGGACUACUUGAUGAAUUGGCAUUUCCUUUCGUGUUUAUCACUCUCCUUCCCCUGCAGUGUUACCAAAGUGUUAGUGCUACAGCUUCUUGUUUUUCAUGGCGCUAAACCCUCCAUCUUUCAUGAAGAGGAGUCUCCCCACCAUACUCUUUAGCUAAAGCUGUAUUUGUCAUCUUGUAGGUCAUUUAAGCCUUUACAGCUACAUACUGCAGGGGUCUGGCAGAGAGACAAACACCAACCUUCUGUUUAGACUUGAAUUGAUGGUUUAAUUGCGCAAUUCUAAUGAGCCUUACAAACUGACUGUGGACAGUUUCUUUCAGCGUUGUAAAUAUGAUGUGGAGCUGCAAGAGACACAAAGAGAGGCCAAGUGUCACUUUGUGUUUGAACUGCUACUUUGACAUCUCUCAGACCCAAGAACACACACCAACCACUGCUGAUCUGUUGUUUUUCAUUCUGUACUGUGAAACAUGAACUAUGAACACAAAUGGGUCCGAGCACCAUGACAAAGUAAGUUUUUUAAAAUCAGUUAAGCCGCAGUUGUGGUGUAUUACUUAUAUGUAUCCAUUUUUGCAUGUCAAAGCUGUCAUGACUUUCAGGUAGUCACAACAACGAAGGGAGACAACACCAUGGCAAAGUUUUUAAACAAGUCGUUAUUUUUCAAAUCAAGCUGAAUUAAACCAAGUAAGAUAUUUACAGCAUCAAGUAUGUAAGUCAGUAUACAGUCAGUAGUGUGGAAUAUGCAUGAGUGAAGAUAAGGUGUGUAAAUGUUGUAAAAUGCAAACAUAACUAAAGUUCAUCGUAAUCAAACAUAACUAACCCAAAGUGUGGUGUACCUGGAGGUCCAGGUCUGCGAGUAUAAAUGUGUGACUGCAGGAGCUUAAAUAACCUCCUCACUAAGCAAAGGUGUGUGAGUGACAUUACUCUAAUCAAUGAGCUGCACUCACAGACACAGGCUGGAGACACUCAGGCUGCCAACACCAUGAUGUCAUGGACAUCACAAAGCACUUAGUGAAUCCUUGUUUCUAAAGGUGCUAUAUACACUCCCCUCAGAAAGUUUUGGUACAGUGAAUUCAAUUCCUUUAUUUUUGCUCUAGACAAAAAACAUUUGGGUUUGGGUUUUAGCCAAAUGAUGUAGUUGCUUGUAUUAGGGUUUGAAGCAGACUGACAUUCACUGGUGUCUCUGUGGGUGCUAGUUUGGAAGAGAAAAAGCCAUAUACCAGAAACCUGUCUGGUCCUGGUGCAAGUUGGUUGCAAGUGGUUCUUCCAGAGAGGACUGAACUUUUUAACUACAUUCAGAGAAAUCAGGAAAACUGUAUAGUACACUGUAUGUACCUGUAAUGAAUAAAGUUGAACAGUAGUACUUGAACUGACUGUUAGUGAGCUGAAGGUCACAUGUGGUGGCAUCUGGUCCUGUGUUCAUCUCUUUUAUUUGGUAAUCACUGGAUAUUUUUCUGAGCUGUCUGUGAGCAGUCUUCCAGCUUUGUUUACAGAUUUUGUGUUUUUCUCAGGAAAUCAAUCACUGGUUGAUGAGUGGAAAGGUUGUCAUAUUCUGUUUGUGGGAAGAGACGUUUUAUGUCAUCAAGUUUUGAAUUGUGACGCAGACUGCUUGUCAAAAUAAGCUUGAUUUUUCAAGGUCUAAAGGAUGUUUAUCAGCCCCCAGUUAAAUGUGUUUACUGGAGGCUGCUGCAUCUUCAUCGUGUGGAGUGGAGCAAGAGGAGGCAGGGGUGUGUGUGUGUCAGUGUGUGUGUGUGUGUGUGUGUGUGACUGCACAUGUGGGGGAUGUGUUAAAAAGGCGGAGGGACAGAAUGAGCACAACAAUAGGAAGGCUUCAACUAGCAUUUACAAGCAAACAACUACCAGGCAAACAGUGACUUCAGUCUAUAUCACUAAAAUAUAAGCCUACUUCUUCACAUUAUAGGAUAAGAUAUGCAGAAUGUGAUAAAGUGCAAAAGAGUUCAAACCAUUUACCUCCUAGUAACAGAAUAAAAUUAUUCUACCUCAAGUUUAAGUCUUGGAUUAAAUUAAGUAAAUUGCCCCUGUAAGUUCUGUUUGGAUUUUUAAAAUAAUACUAUUGUUGUAUAGAUCCCAUUAAACAGACUGGUAAACAUAAAAGGUUAAACAGGUAUAUUCAAUUAUUCAAAAAGUUCAAUAAAUGCCUGUGAAAGAAAUAUUGUUGUCUGAGUACUCAUGUUUUUAUAAUAAUCGUGAUCUCAGCAUCACUCAAAAUAAUCAUGAUCAUGAUUUUUGCCAUAAUCUAGCAGCCCUAAGUUGCUGCUUACCAAUGCCCCUCACCAGUCUGUCUCAAAGGUCUCAUAUUGGGAAGAAAAUCUGAUUUCAAAGCCUCAGUUUCUUUCUUUCUUUCCAGCUUGUCUUACUCUUUUCUACAUCUCUGCUGAGCUGUGGUGGUGCUGUGGUGAGGCUGUGUCUAUCUCCGGGGUCCAGUGGAGCAGUACUUGUGUCUGUCUCUGUCUAAUUAGCAUACUGCAGGAAAUGGUUUAAUAAGAGGCUGGACAUAUACAUUAAAAAAUGUAUAAAAUAAAAAAAGUGUUAGUUUACUCCCGACUUAAAACCCAGUAAUGAGUACCACUGUUGUCAGAGUGGAGACAUUAUCAACAGCUAGUUUAUUUUUCCUCUUCUCUUCAUCACUAUCCUCCUCCUUGUGUUGGCAUCGUCAUGCUGUCGACUUUGAGUCUGUGAUGAUCAUCAGUGUUGGCCCACUGACACCAGACUGACCUCUCGGAGCGAUGAGACGCCUGACCCAGGUCACUUGUUGAUGGUUGAAAAAGGAGGAAUUGGCAUCAGAAAAGGCUCCCUCUCUGUUUCUUCUCUGUUCGCCUCCAUCUGUCAGACUUUCUCUCUUUCUGUUUUUAUGUCUCUCACUUUCUGUCUUAUUGUGUCUCUGUCUCUGUGCUUGCUGAUGCAGGGCGGGCUGGGUCAGUGUGAUUCAGGGCUGUAAGCUGGAGGAGGAUUGGAUCUAUUUAUAGACUUGUCUGCUCUGGGCCAUGCUGACCCAAGUCACUGUCUGCUUGUCUGUUUUUGUCAGUCUGUCAGUCAUUUAUCUGACAUCAGUUGGUCAUCCCUCUACCCUACCUUUCCAUCAGAUACACUAACUCACAUCUUGUUUUGUAAAAUAUUCAUCUGUACUAAAAUACAAAAACAAGUAUCGACACGUAUUUGUAAGUACAUAAUUAGGCCUAAGGGAAGUGGUGUAAACUGUGACAAUAUGAAAGGAGCAGAAAUGUGAUAUAAGGCCUCUAACUAGAGUAACUAGUAGAGUUAAUUAUGUUGAUUGUAUAAAUAUAAGGCACUUCUCUUUCACAAUCUCCUUAUGUUACAAAACAAAUGGAACCAAACUACUGCUGCUGUGGCCACUGAUAUUACUCAGGUUAUAUAUUUUGGAGCCAAGACAUGCAUGCCUCUCCAGCUGUUCAUAACACACAUGUAAUUUACAGAUGAAAUGACAAAGAUAACAGCAGAAAAUAUUCUUGUGUAGGUUUAAUGCAGAUGCUCACAGUUACGAAGAGUUCAGUGACUACUGUGUUGAUGUACAUUACGUUUUUGUUUUUGCACACUGUUCCUCCUCUACUCUACUUAGUAGUAAAGGUUGGUGAUGGUUUGUUGUAUCUCGUCUAUCCGGGAUGUGUAAAUGCAGAAGGAGGCUUCGUGACACUGGCUUGCUUGUAUAAUAGGAAUUUAUUACAAAGACAACACCAGUAUCAAAACAGCACUGCAGUUGCUGGGAGAGGACCGCCAAUGAUGUCCAGUUCGUGAUCCUGUUAUAUAGAGUUAGAGUUUUAGGUCCUUCUACAUCAUCUCUUUAUCUCCAAGUUAUCUUUCUUUACCAUCUGACUUACACCUAGCUUUGAAGUGUGACCUGUGACUAGCAAAACGCCCAACAGCUAGAUUGUCUGGACCAGGUACCAUAAAAGAGACACAAUUCACAAAUUCCACACUCUGGUUAUCUCAGGCUAUCCCAGGGAAACAUCCCAAGGCAGUGCAUGUUGGUACUGCACUCCAGAUACCACAGGUUGUUUGUCAGUCAUGACCUCAAUUUCUCUCUUUUUGCAUCAAAUAACUCAUCAAAACUGAACUUCACAGAAAAAUGAACACUUGCACAAAGUCACCAUAAGCAGAACAAUGUAUAAGACAUGUAUUUUAACUUUGUAGUGUCUAGGCUUUGUGACCUUUUCUGCUGCCAGUCGCCAAGUCACCAGCGCUGGCUGUUCUGGCUUCACCAUCAAGAAGCAGUUGUGCCAUCCAUCUUUUAUUGUCCUAUGCAGUCUUAUACAGAAAACUGAUGUAGUUUGGUUUUUUUAAUGAAUGCCUUUAACUUGUUUUGAUCCUCAGUCUAGCUGCAAACCUUUGUUGGUUGUCUCCUCUAAAAUUUGAGGAUUUUCUUCUUUCCUCUGUCUGAUUAAAAAUCAAAGGUCAGAUCAAUUUGGUAAAUACCAUGCCAGCUCAGGACAGAAGUGAUCUUAUGACACAACAUACUGCUGGGAAAUUAAAUUCUGUUUUAAAUGGGAAAAAAAAAUAAUGAUCAUGAGGCUCUGGGUGGAGGUCACACCCAGUUUCGGUUUGUACAUUUGUUUCCAAGAAGGAGCCAUGAAAUCAGAGAAUCCCAAAAUGAUCUGUGUUUAUUAAUUGUGUUGUUUUGCUUGUUUGUGUGUGGUGUGUGUGUGUGCAUGAGUGUGUGUAUGUGUGCGCGUUGGUGGUUGUAUGGUGAGAAAUAAAGGUUGGGCUUUUAGCUUUUAGUUGUGCUCACAGCUCUGUUAUCAUUGACUUGACGGUAACCUCGCUGAAGGCGUCAAAUGGAAUCAGUGCAUUAUCUAAUGGCUUUGUCCAAAUGAAAAUGAUGUACGCAACAGCACUUAAACACACACAUACACUCACACACUUCAGCCACUUAAGUGCACACAGAUGCUCUCGAAUACAAUACACUGCUUGAGGUUUAAGAGCAUGUCAAAAAAACAAAAACAAACAAACAAAAAAAAAAGAAACUGAGUCAUUUCUUUUAAAUAAAAGUCUGCACAAAGCUUGGCUGCAGCCUGAGUACUGCUCACAUCCAGCACUCUUCAAUCCUUUGUCCUCUGUAUCGGCUGCAUCAGUCAACCAUACACGCACAUACACUCUCCCACAGAUAAAAUACACAGGCCUGGAGAUUAGGUGUUUGACAUUUCACUGUGUUAAGCUAUUUAGCAGCACAGCAGGCUACAGAUGUCCAUCUUUUUUCAAUGCAUUAGUGAAUGACACCUCAUUUCCACAUACUUGAUGUGUAUUUGUAUGUGUAAUGUAUCAGAUGUUGAAACUGAAAAAUGUUGUUUUCUGAAAAAUACAUGCUUAUUUUAAUUUCAGUGCAAGCAAUAUUUUUUAUGUAGAGUUGGGACAGGGACAGCAAAACACUGGAAUAAUUUAGAACGCUAAACCACAACACCGGGAGACACAGCUCAUUUAUAUUAUCUUAGUAAUAGUGUUCCCAUGUUAUUUUAAGUGUGUGAUUUCCUAACAUGCUGCUGAUGCAAAGAGCUGCUAAACUGCCUUUUAUUGUUAAACAAUAUGUCAAAAUUUCCUUCAAAUAACAACAAUAAAGCCAUUUAAUUUCAAUAUUUGGUGGUUGUCUUGAGACAGGUUUCUAUUAGAUAUAGUUUAAAUUACUUUAAAAUUAUCUGAAUCUGUUUUAUGAACAUUUUACAGUGUCUCAACUUUUUUUGAGUUGGAGUUAUACUUGUGAUGUACUAAAUUCUUCAUACCCUGUAGAUUUGUACGAGGAAACACUUUGCUCGGGGCUUUUUUCCUAUUUAACAACAAAUUCUAAAUUUCCAGGUCACUUUUUCUAAGCACAGGCUUUUCCCUUGUUUUUUCUUGAAGCACUUUUUUCCAUGGUUAUAUUGGACAGGGUUAGCAGCAUUAAUUCCACAUGAAAUUUUGCCCGUUGGAAAUAGACAUAGAAGCGGCACAUGCAUGAGUGCUUACAUAAGCUCUUUUGAAGCUUUUAGGGGUAUCCUGGUUGUGUCUAAUCACCUUCUCAUCAUGUUAACAUCCUGUCAUGCUUGGAGAGCAGGUUGACAGGUUAGCUUCAGUUAGCACAUUGUAACAUGGCAUAGGGGCUUUUUUGUGGACUCUGCUCAGUUUCUGACAGACCUUGAAGAGCGGAGCGGAGUGACACACUGACUAUUUUAAGAGGUGUGAGUGUCAGUUACAAUCUGACACAGUUGAUCAAACAAAGGUUUUUCGAAUGCUUGUAAAACACAUGAUAUCUUUUAUAUUUUCUGCAAAGUUAAAGGAGAUACAGUUGAUCUGUCAUGAGAAGAGAUAAGAUGCAUGCUGCACCUUAGAGUAAAAGUAGAAACUGCGUGCGUGUUAACGGCUACAUAAAUGUGAAAUUCUGCAACAAAUUCUGCAGAUGGUGCAAAGCAAAAUAGCCACGACUCAACACUUAGUCAUCAAACAAAAAAGGGUUGUAGAAAAGGUGGUUUAGCCGUUUUACAGCCUGUCCUCCCCGUGUUUGGUUUGUUGAAAUGUAUUAAGUAUUGUCUGUCUCUGUCCCUGUAGGCAGACGUUGAUUGAUGUACAUGGGGUGGAUCAUUUUUCAAACAGUGUAUGUGGUCUGGAAGUGGCCAAUCCAUCCAUCCAUCCAUCCAUAUCCAUCCAGGGCCUUGACCUGUUCAAGGCAUCAAGAUGAGAUGAUAAUAAUUAUAAACGGACGCCGUCCAUGAAGCCACUCCAAGAACAGCACCCUCUGUUGACGGGCUGCAGUAUAGGUCAUAAAUCCCACCUCCUCCAGCAAAGCUUGUGGAGCUGUGGACAAACUUUAGAAAUUUAUUACACAUCACCCCCUGUACACUGGCAGAAGGCGGAACCAAGUUGUCCAUAGUAUAUACAAUCUAUAGGGAAGGCUGGAUGGAUAAAUGAAUAUGACGAUGUGCCAUACUAUCUAUCAGUCGUCACUGAGUUUAAUUGGGUCAAGUGAUUUUGUUUGUUUUUAUUGUCCUCUUUUUGUUUUAUUUUUUUUAACCAGACAUGAUAUCAUUGUUUCUACGAUGAAGUCAUAGCAAGGGUCCAGUAUUGGUCUCAAAUGCUGAAGAAACAGAAAGUACAGCAUUGACUGUUUUUGAAUGUGCUUAAAGCUGCAGGUUUGUACUUUCGAUUCAAAAGACAAUGAUCACAUCACUUUUUCACAUCCCUAGACUCAGACAACAGCUGAUUGUGGGAGCUAGUUUUCCUCUGAAGGCUACGAAGGCAUCAAAAGGCAGAUUACGAUAUAAUAUCAAAGUUAUUAAAACCAACAUGUGAUUGCAAGAUUGCUUCUAACUUUUACAAAGCUGUGAAUAACAUUUGGUGGGGUUUCACUGAAGAGCUGCACACUCAAGACAUGGGGGUGUUUAUUAAUCUCACCUUCGCCUUCAUUUCUAAUUAUUCUCUAUGUAAUCCUUGUGCCCUCUUCCCCUUACCUUUACAUUUGACACACCGCAGCAAAUAUGCCUUGUAACCUCUCUUUUCUACACAUUUUGACCUUCUGAGUGAAUUUAUUCCCCCAUCUUUCUAUUGAAAGUCCUCUGUCAGUUCCUAAUUGUCUGAGCCUGCAGCUGCCAAGACUGUCUGCUUUCACAAGGAUAAUAAAGCAGUCAUCUUAGGCCAGUAUAGAAAAAUAGUCCUAUUUUAGCUUGCAGAGCCAACUUCUAAGAAUACAGGCAGCCGAAAUAGCCUGUUAUGGCUGUGAGAGGAAAGUUGAGGAAUGUCUGCUGAAUGCUUUGAUUUUUCAUCCUCUGAACACACUGGUCAGAUUAAAUCUUACAGUAUGUGUACUUGUGUGUGUGUCCAUGUUGGUGUCUGAGGUCUCACACAGAGCAUGGGUACGGGACACGAUAGACCUGGCCUCAUCUUGUAAACGCAGACCUGCAGGAGAAAAGUAACAGCUGAUUGGCUCUGUCCUGUGGGUCGGAGGCUUUGGGGGUCAUUGUUUCAAUUCCUCCCUUCAUGGUUGUCUUCAGGAUUGUUUUAGCCGUGAAGGCAUUGGCUUCUAAAGGACAUAAAUUCCCUGCAAAUCAAGAAGUGACUUGGUCCUCUGUCCAACUUGAUUUUUGAUUAAAUAUUGAGACUUGUUGAAUACAUUGCUGGCUUUCAACAGUGAUUGUGCCUUAAAAAGAUGUUAGAAAAUAUCUGAAACAUGUUUCUGUUGGUGUUUGCAUUCACAGAUAACUUAUUGCUGUAUCUGAGAUGCAGAAGUUGGAAUUUAGUGUCUCAAAUACUCGUGUACACAUGACCACAAAUAUCAUAUCAACAAGGUAGUCUUUGAAUUGAUUUUCCUCUGCCUCUAAAGGCCCCUCGGUGUUUGUUCUGAGGGAAGGAAGUAUUUCCUAUCCACUUUUCCUGUGAGUGUUUUUCCAGCAGGCAGGAAAGCUUUCUCUAACCUCACUAUUACCUCCACCCUGUUAGCUCCAGGGCUCAUCCAUUACAUUUAACUGUAUUAGUUUCCUCUUUAGUGUACAGUGUCUUGUAUUGACUACUACUGCUGCAACAAGAGUUUACUCACUGUUUUUUGUUUGAGCAUAAGUCAACUGUACAUCAUCAUCCAUAGUAAUUCAUAGACUUCCUUUUCUUAACACUCUUCUCAUCAUAGAUGCCUCCAUGAAUUUUUUUAGGACAAAGGUAUCCUUUUGGAACCUCGAAGACAACUUUUUCAACCGUUGCCUGUCCAAAAAUAUUGUUUAAAGUCCCACUCUGAUUGUUUUUUUUUUUUUUUUACUACUUAAUGUAUUCUCAGUGGUCUUUAAAUAGUGAUUACAAAUUUUUUAGCCAAAAUUGCGUUACCUGUGUUAUUUUCUAGGGCCUUUCUUCUGCAGAGCUCCAGUAGCUCAUAAGCAAUUCGCCUCUGAGUCGUGGGUGGAGACAGCUCUUGUUCUGCGAUCGUCCUCUGUAUUUCUCCUUUAUAUGCAGAGUGUGGCCUUCAUAGCGGGGCUCUGGGGGCGGAGCUUGGAUUGGUUACGUAUGAAAUCCCACUGUUUUUGAACCUGCUGUUUGGGUCUGCCAAAGAUUCACAGCGAUUUGAAUGAAGAAAUACUCAGAAAAACAAUUCCGCAUUUAGUUUUCUCAUGAUACGUCCUGUAGCAUCAGAAAAAUUAACAAAUAAAAAUGCAUUAGCAAACAGGUGAUUUCUAAAACAAUGAUACAUGCAGCAUUCUUUAUUACCGAGUGCCUCAAGUGAAUAUGAUCUGUUUUGUAUUCACCUGCGUUUGUCAGUAGCAAUAAAUACACAGACAGCAGUUGAAGACAUGACCAUUAUAAUGAGCGGAAACAUAUUAACUUGCUGGUUGUCUUUGUCUUUCUAAUACUGAAUAAAUCAGUUUGGAUAAUGAAUAAAACAAGCUGCUUGUAACAACUUCGCCACUAUUUUCUGAAAAAAAUAAAAUAAAAACAAGCAUUUAAUCCAUUGAAGGGACGAAUAAUCAGAUUACUGUAUGCUUAGAAUUAUCGCUUGUUGCUGCACUAGUGGUUAUUUGGAUACCAUGACACUGCCAGAGACAGCGAUGAGACAGAGGAUUAAGGAAGUCCAGUGCCCUUCACUCGCUGUCACGUCCACACACACAUACACACCAACAAAACAAACACACAGAGGCGUUACUCUUUCACGUAAGCAGCCCAUCUGUCCCAUGAGACCAGCAGCUGGUUGGUGGCAGGAAAAUCCAGUCUGAACUUGACCCCUGACACCCUGUAACAGGAGAGGUCAGCAGCUGUGUCUGUCUGCUGUGUCUGUGCUACACCCGAUCUUCUGGACCUCAACAUGCAGCUGUGCUCUCCCUCACACACACACAGAUUCACACAUGCACAUAAAUACACACAGAAAUCCUCUCUUGCCAUCAGAAUCAUUAUCUGAACACUGAUUAUAUCAAGGCCAAACCCACAAGACUAAUUUUACUAAGUGCAGAAAGCCUGUGUUUCAUGUGCGGAGUUGUUUGUGUGUGUGUGUUUUAGUGUGUGUACAGUACAAGGCUGCCUGUAUAGGAUUAUGUAAAUUGGAAGUUAUAGUUUCAGGCCCAGCAUCUAGGUUUGCAGUGUGCAGUGAUGCCCUCCUUCAGUUUAAGCUGCUUUAAUGUGAGUCACAAAAUGUAUAAUGUUGUGAGUGGAGUAAGAGACGAAAGAAAUGGUCAAGUGGAUAACAGAGUGUGCCUGUCUGUUUGCAUGUUACGGUGCCACAGCUUAAAGAAAUAUGAUAUGAACUCAUCUGGUGGCGAGAGCAGGAGUGCCAGAAAUUAGUGUUGUGUCGUUAGUGGAUAAUUCGUUCAAAAGGACGAACCUUUUAAGUGAAUGUACUGAACCAAAUCACUCCCUCAAGUGAUUUGUUCGUUCCUCAGUUCAGUUGAGCUGCCAUAGCAUGCAGCAUUGUCGGGCGAGCGAGAACCGCAUGCACCAAUGCCUGAAUCACUAGGUGAACGAAUCCCCCAGUGAACUACACUCUCAGGAAUCAUUAUCGUCUGAUGGAUACACUUUCAUAGCGACCGUUGUUCACCAUUGUUCUAACAGAUUUAGUUCCCAAUUGAAAAAACUAAAAACAUCAGGCUGGCAGUAAUGUGAAGAGAGUAAGACUCACCAGCUGUAGCAAGCUCUCGGCUGGAGCGACAGAAGGAGAAAGGGACGUGUUGUGUUAAAGUGUACCUUGGCGAAAACUACAUUGUUGCAGGCUCCUCCCACCAAGCCCUGAAUGAUUCGGUGAUUCAGUGAAGGAAUCUCUUGAAAGAAUCUUUUUAGUGAACUGAGUCUUGUGAUUCAGUACGUCUAAAAGAACUGCCGUGCCCAUCACUACCAGAAAUCGUUACCAGAGGAGAUAUCAUGUUUUAUAGCUGCAAAAGUUUGUGCUUUUGAAAACUAAACAAAUGAUCAAUAAUUUAUUUAUGCUGCAUCUGUUAAAGAAGCUGUUUUCCAGUGUUAAAGUGUGAUUAACCAACAUGAACCGCAGGUUUUAGUUUAGUGAGCGUCACACAGCUUAUGAUGUUGUGUGUUUUUAAACUGACUCCACAGUUUUGUGUCUGCUUGCUUUGUGGUUUUUUGAAAAGUGCAGUUUUCCUGGUUUUUAUAUGUACGUUGAAUAAAAGCAAACUACCUCCACUGCUUCCCCUCUUGGUACCAACAUUAUGUCUUUACUGAUCUCUCUCUUUUUGCUCUUUUCUCUCCUCAGAUCACCAGAAACUCGAGCGGGAGGCGAGAAUUUGUCGUCUGCUCAAACAUCCAAACAUAGGUGAGUCAUAUUUUACAGCCAUCAGAGCAGAGAAUCAGUCGAACAGCUUUAUCAUUUUAGAGCAUAGAGGGAAAGGAAGAAUUAAAAAGUUUUAUGCUCCAGUGAUGAGCUGGUUAUAUGAAAUAGACUAAAAUGAAUAAUGUCGCCUCUUCAUCAGCCAAAAAUGCAAAAGGGACAAAGAAGAUUCAUUAUUCCUUGACAGUUAUUUCCAAUGUUGUGAUACUCUCACAGGAUAGGUGUCAGGUAAGGAGAUUGUCAGUACACUUCAUAAGCAGCCUGUGUUGACAUUUUUCAAGGCAAGUACACACAUUAAGUGAUAAAUGUGAUUGCUGAAAGGCUGCAGUAGUAGGAGAGUUUAAGUCAGAACCUGUUUAUGCAUGUAGAGGAUUGGAUCAGCAAAGGCAAACAAAGGUACGGUCUUGACUACAAGGGUUUCCAAAUUUGACACACAACACACAUUUCAGGAGCUUCAAGUCAACACUUCUGUCUUGACGAUCACAUAAACACAAACUCAAUGUUCAGUCACAGUCACCAUUUUUCUUUGUGGAUUGCUUUUUGCACAUGCAACUAUCACAAAAGUGCAGAUCAGGGUUUUCGUUCUGCUGAGUAUUUCUCUCCUUUCUUUUCCUGUUAUGAACUCUGUCAAAACAGUUUGAUGAGAUAAGCCUUCCUUUUGCACCAACUCAUCUCACAUAUGCUGUCUCAUGUUCAGUGACGUGCAGUGAGGUUCAUGGCUGGUGAGGCACUGACUUUAUCACAAUCAGCUUUUUAAAUAUGUGAACCCGAUAGAGUAGCUCAUUAACCACUCGAUUGGCAGCAGUUAACGGGUUAAGUUUAAAAUCUCAUAUCAGCUUUCUUCUCACAUACAAACUAGCACACAAAAAAGCACAUUUAAUAUAUAAAAAGAUGUUACAAUGGUCUUAACUUUACUUAUGAAUAGCCUUCCUUUAAUUAUUACCUCCUGCUUCGAUUGAAAGUCCACUUAAGAAAACUGUUUGAUUUUAGAUACGUAAUCCUCUAUUUUAAAAGUAAGGCCAGAGGAGAGGAAAAAAUAAACGGCUGCAUGUGACUUGCUAACUGUAGAUUGUAGUUUGCCGUGUUACUUACUCUGCAGUAAAAAAGUCGCAAGAAGAAUCACUGGGAUCAAGGGUGCCCCCUACCAUGAGGCAGGAGAAUUGCGUGCCUCACUUAGUAACUUUAUUGUAGUCGUUUAAUGAUUGCUCAGCAGAAGAAACACGUCACAUACAUACGAUUAUUGACAAAAAAAAACACUGUAAGUUGUAUACAUCAGUUAACCGUGGAGAUUUAGUUCACAUAGCAAAAGUGUUUGAACGUUUUUAUGGUCUCACUGCAUAGCAUGCCAGUACAGCCGAGUCAUUGUGCAAUCCAUGGUGAGGCUCAUCUGGCCGCUGCCUCACCGCACGUCGCUUCUUAGUAUUUGAUCAGUAAAUGUAAAAACUCAGCGAUUUUGAAUAAAAAAUGAUCUAAAACUGGUGAAGUUAAAUGAAAAAUACCUUUUAAAGUGCAAAUCACUAGAUAAAUGUCAUUUAAUAAAUAUUUUUGUUUUACAUUUUUUUCUUUCCAUGAUGACAAGUGAGGCAUGGCCUCUCCUGCCUCUCCUGACUGCACGUCACUGGUCAUGUUUUCAUUUAUGAACUUACUCAAAUGGAUCUAAGAAGUUAGAUAUUAGAUGCAUAAACUGCGUUGCAUGUUGUGAACAGCUGUAUUUUCAUUUUGUAAGAAAGGAGCAAGCAAAUCACAAACCUUCUGACAUUUAUUCUUCUAUAUUAAAUUAAUCAUUGCAUUACAGCUGCACCAGCUUUGACAGCUUUUUAUUAUUUUAAUUUAUUAUUUUGUUAAUGCGCUCUCUUCUUUAAUAAGGACCCUCUAUAAUAGCUGCCAUUUCCUGAUGGGACUUAUAGAGGUUUUCCUUUAAAAUAAAUAAAUAAAUAAAAAUUAGUCAUUAAAAUGAUUGCCAAAUAGCACAAUAUUUGAGAAGUGAUAAAUGUAUCCAUCAAUUGUUUGGGCUUCAGUGACAACCACAGUAUGAGGGGUGGAUUGUUCAUCAACAUGGAGGCUUUGACACACAGCUGGCAAAGAUAGCUACGGCCUGAUUGCCAAAAUUUGCAUCAUAAUUUCAUUCCUCCCUCUCUGAGUCAUAACUCAGUAUAUUUAAACACACCAACAACACACACAAUUUUGGUUUCAGCGUGACUUACGCUUUUCAAGGAAACAGUUAUGUCUGAUGUGGACACCUGAGUGUAAAUCUGUGAAGAACUUUCUUCAAAAUCAUCAAAUUUUCUCCAGAACCAAAAUCUAACCACAGUAAAUUUCAGCACAUGCAUGGGUGUAUUUCAUGGGUGCAUUUUUUUAUUCUGGAUACAUAAAAUGCUGCUUUUUGACCAAAGUUUAGACAAUUGAAAACAUUGCCUUUAUGUUAUCUGAUGAACAGACUUACACCGUCUGAAUUUGAAGCCCCUACCCCCUUGAAUCACACAAGUAAAAGUGUGUGAACGUGUGUGUAUGUGUGCCUGUUUUGUGUGUCUGCACACCCACACAAAAGGCAGUGGCCUCUUGAGAAAGGAAGGAAAUGGUUAAGUAUCUCUGUGGCACAACAGCCUGGUGCCUUAUCAUGCAGUAUGCUGCCCAGCGCUGCCUACACACCCACUCUCUCACAUACACUUAUGUUCCUGUGUGUUACGCUGUUAUCGUACACACAGGAAUGUAAGAUAACAGCAUCAUAGGAAAAAUUUCAUUGGUCUCUGUGUCUUUUCAUCCCACAUGACUUCUGCUGAUUCAUUGUCCUAAUUUUUCCUCUUAUUUUCCUCCCUCAGCUCCUCUUUUUUUAUUCAUUCUUAUGGGAAGAGCUGAUCAUGUUUCCUUGUCUCUAAAUGUAAAUCAUCUAAAGAAGGAAGAGAAUGAUAUGCAGCCUUUCCAGGUUUAAGUCCAACACUCAGGCACCUUCACCCACCUUGACACAGGCAGGUUUUAAUCUGCUUUCCAGCUCUCAGUUUAGUGUAUUUCAAAACAAGAGCUGUUGGCCACAGUUGUCCUUUUGUUGGCAAAGCCUCUGUUUCCUUAACAGAGAAAAACUGAAAGGAAAUGAUCAGUAUCAAAUUAAUUAUGAGCUGUUAAAAUAUGGCACCCAUUCUGUCAACUUUACCACCCAGGAGCUGUUUUACUAGUUGCCAGAAAGGCAGGUGGCAGUCAGGCUUUACAAACCUAUUGUGGAUCAGAUAGACAGGGAAAAGCUCUGCUGAUGAAAACCUUGUUUUUAGAGGAUAAAUCACUUAAAUGUGAGUGUGUGUGUGUGAGUGUUACUGAAUUGCAAUAUAUCACUCCCUACAGAUUUAUAUUCACAAAAUGACAAAAUACAGAUACAUACAACAGCAACAUUUUUUUUGUUGUAUAAUUAUUUUGCCAUUUUUGCUUUUAUCAUUCAACGAGAAAGGUUAAGGGAGAAAGUAAUUGUGGGGGAGGAGGCAGAUAGUAAACAGCAAAGGGCCAAGGCUGUAAUUGAAUCCUGGCAGCAAGGAUAAGUACAUUGACUUAAUGUUCUCUGCUGUACGUGAUGAGCUGCCAUGAUGCUCCUAUCCAAUAACCCAUUUUCAGCAUGUAUACCUAUUGACAGGGACAUGCUGAGAAAGAUAGUUAGUGGUUAGAAUCCUAAAUCCAUUAUAUGCCAGACAAUAAGAAGAUAAUUAGGGUAAUGUAUACGGGGUACAGAGUAACCCCAGACUGCUCCCUUGGCUUGUUCUGUCCACUUUCAUUUUCCAGAUCCGAUCAAGCUCAGAUGGGUUUGGAAAUUUGCCAUUCCCAAUCAACAACAAGGAAAUGUGUCACUUUUGGAGGGUUUACAAAGUUUGCUUUAGGAUUAUAAAACUGGCCUAUUAGAAGAAAGCAGGAUUUUAGCUUUUAGCUUUUUCACCAAAGCCUGUCUUUUUUUCUGUCUUCUCUAGUGCGGCUCCAUGACAGCAUCUCAGAGGAAGGCUUCCAUUACCUUGUCUUUGACCUGUAAGUGAGUCACAUUAAUCUACACAAACACUAACACAUACAGGUCAAGAGUUCAGCCAGGACCAUCGCUCCAGGAAAAAUUGCUUCACACAAGUACCAAGUGACCAUGACUCAUUUUUUCACAGCGGUACUGGUUAUCAGAUUGCAACCGAGCUGCCAUAACAAAGAGGGUCAUCCUGUUCCUAAAUUAAGCUUCAUGCUAUUACUAAUACAAAAAGAGGAUGGUUGCUGCAACUCCACUUGUUUUGUUUGUUGCAUGUUAUCCUUAUGUAUUCUACUUAAUUUGCCUGUAGAUAGUUUUAGAUGUUUUCCUUUCCAGUAUCAUUUCCAAUAUAUUUAGACUUGGUAUUUGCCAUCAGUGAGUUUCCUUUCAAUAUGAGUGCAUUAAUAAAUAUUAUAAGCUAUAAAACAAAUAUACAUUAUCAUGGUGAAAAUCACUAAUAACUAACAUUUUGCCAUUUUUGACUAACAGUAAUCUUUGUUUUGCACCUCUUUUUUUUCCUUCUUAAUGUCACAUGAGAACUUGCCUGAAACAUGUUGAAUAACCAAUAGGAGAUUACUCAACUUGUUACAGAAAAUUCAACUGUAUAAAAAUCUAUUAGGGUCUCAGUCUCUUUUCUAGAUAAGCCAUUGAAAGAUAUUGUCACAAUGUUGUCUGUAUUUUGUAUUCUUUCCAUCUGUUUCCAUUUAUCGGAGUUAACUAAAAGUCUGUUAUUUGUCUUUGUCUAUCUGCAGUGUCACUGGAGGAGAGCUGUUUGAGGACAUUGUUGCAAGAGAGUAUUACAGUGAGGCAGAUGCCAGGUACCGUAUAUAAUUAUGUUAACAUGUAAACAUUUCGUGCAAUGCAUUUUAUGUCACCUUUAAUUUAAAAAAGACAUCUUUAAAGACUGCUAUAAUAAACUUUCAGGCUGCUGAACGAGUGAAGACGUUAAAAAAGCACAAAAUAUGUAUCUUUGUUAUUGUACUUUGUACGUUAAGAGAAGCUGAACUUGUGGUAUCUGCCAGUCCUCUGAGGUUGUUUUUAGUGUACGUUUUAUUUUUAAACACAUCACUUGGGGCUUUUGAAUUUAUUGUCAUUAAUAAAUAAUGACAAAGCUGUUAAAAGUUUUUAAACCCUCUUUCUCUCUUUUGUCAGAAGUAGCGGCUCAUUUUUUUGCACUGCAGCACAACUUUUCUGGUCUGUGCAGACUAAAGCAGAUUUUAUGGAGAUGUCAAGGUUAAAAAAAACACGAUACGGAGAUAUGAACCAGCUCUGCAUGAUCAAAUAAAACAUUAUUUGUAAAGUGAUUAUAUUUUACAAUAAAAUUACCCGGCAGCAAAUUCAUGAUGAACCAUAACAUCACAAAGUCUGUCUGAGCAAAUAAGACAUGAAGUACUAUAAUUUAUGCCUGAUAUCAUGAGUCUGAGAAAACAGUGUCUUCUAUGCCAUGCGCAGCCAGUCUCUGUUAUGAAUAGGUUUUAUGAAAAUUUAAAAGCAAAAGCCAUAAAAUGUGCCCAAAUUUUAAUAUGUUGAUUGAGAUUUUUUUUCAUGCUCACUUACUCCUAUACAGGAAAUGCACACCACAGACUCUAUUUUAAAUUUCCACCAAAAAAAAAGAGGAAAAGCAUAAACAGUAGUAAGAGACAUUUGACAGACUUAGAGAAGUAGGCAGCAAAGAGGUAGACUGAUGGGUGUUAGAUGAGCUGCAAUAACAGACAGUGUGAAGCACAGAGGGAGCCUAAUUUGGACACAACAUGGGGAGAUUUUCGCUCAGGCAGAGGACACCACACUCUCCAAAUCUGUUACUGACCCUGAUUUCACUUUUACUUAUGUCAACCUCAAUUUUUUUUUUUUUUUUUUAAAGAAACUGUAGUUAUUUUGUGUGUGCACCAGACCAGCAGAAUUGCUGAUUUGUAACCGAGGACAAGCUUACAUAAGAUACCCUCAACAACACACUCACCCUGCCUGCUCCACUUCCUUCCCCACAUUCAUUCAUACAAAAAUGCUCCCGAAUUCUCUCCCUCAUACACCGCAUGUCCUGUGAAAUAAUAUGAAAAGAGCAAAAAUCAUUUGUGUCCCUAAAAUUUCACAAAUGAUUGUUGCUCCUGCAUGCUCAAACAGGGAUCAUAUAUGAGCCAGCUGCUUGAUGGUGGGGAAAUUAGCUGGAAAGAAAUGCUAUCAUGGUUGUGAGAACGAUAUUAUUGCUGUUGAUCAAAUUUGCAGGUAUUUAUGGUCUAACCCUUUAUUCCUUGGAGCCAGACUCGUAUCAAGUUUAAAACUUCUUGAAACAGAAAUUUUCUGUGUUUUUUAUUCUUUUUAUCUUUUCAUGACUGAUAAAGCUGACAGUAAGAGAGUGAAUUACUUAACUUCGUUGUUAAGUGAGGAGCAAUAAUUCAGAUUAGAAUACCUUUUGUUUUUUUUUCCUCUGCUGCUCCAGUGAGAUUUAAUGUCAUCCUUGGCUUGGACUGACAGAUCUGUCUCUCCCCUCUUUCCAAUCUCUCUCUGUCUCGUCCAGCCACUGCAUCAAUCAGAUCCUGGAGAGCGUCAGUCACAUCCACCAGCAUGACAUUGUGCACAGGGACCUCAAGGUAAGUAAUCAUGCACCUGUUGUAAAUUUAAGGGGGGGAUGGGGCCUGCACUGUCUAGUGGUACAAAACUUUUAAAGGCUACUCAAUAAAGCACCAAAUUAUCAGUGAAGACAAAAGAAACAUGUUGCAACCAAUUUAAGAGAUGAACACCAUCCUUCCCUCUUUUCACCUGCUUUCCCCCCUCUUCAAUUCUCUGUAUUUACUGGCCUCUGUCUCUAUACCCCUUCCUUUUUCUUUUUCCUCCAUGUCCUUCUUCCUUUCCUUUACUUUUACCCUUGUCCUGCACUACUGUGGAGUGACGAAAGCAAACCAGCUGCUAUAAAUAGCAGGUUGGUGGGUGAGAUGACGCCCAGUGACGAAUCUCCUGCAGUAAGACUGUUCACCCGGAGCAGAUUCAAGCAGCACUCUGACCUCCCCAGCAGUCUAAUAUGUGACACCUAUUAUCGUGUCAAAUAUUAGACACCCAUUAGACUCUUUUUUUUUUUUUAGACACCCAAAGAGUAACUAUGUAUAACAUGCAGCUCAAAAAGAAACUGCUUGUUUAUUUCAGACUGGCAUCCGUGAAAAUCCUCACUUCAGCACUUUUAGCCUCAGCCUGUUUCGGCUGCUUUUCCGGUAAUACAAAGUUAAAUUCAGCUUGUGGGUGUUACUUUUCACACAGCUUUGAAGUCAUGAAACAAACUGAAACUAAUGCUUUUACAGAAGCUAGUCGUUAGAGCCAACACUAGCUCCUCAUAGCUAAAAUUCCAUUUGCUUUUGUAAUAAUGUUACUUACAGCUGAUGGUUCAAAGCCUGAUAGGUCUCUUAUAGAUCAGCAUUAUAGGUCACCUUAAACAGAGUGAUGACAGUCAAGGGACGUGAUGCAUCUGGAAAGUUAGACAACAUUUCCAACAGUGAGUUCACAGUUCAAAACUUUAAUAGUUUCUUCAACAAUCAUGUCCAUAAGUUUUGAUAGAACAAGAUUAAACCAUUACUCUACAGUAAGCAGACACACAUAAUUAUAGAGUAAACAAUCUGUUUUUGUGAGAGUGGUGUAAAUGGACUUGUGUUGCUUUUUAUUGAUUUUCUUUUAGCUUGCAUGCAGAUCUUGGUAUCAAAUGAACAGAGACAGGAGAGAGCUUUAGAGAGACAAAAUCUUGAUGGAUGAUGUGGGCAGAGGACAGAAAGGGCUUACAUUAGUUUUUAAUGUUCAACUCUGUUGUCCUCAGUCCAGCUUCAUCUGCUCUUAGACACUCACCCAGCCAGAAAGCAGUCACUCUCACUGAAUUAUACCUUCAAUUUAAGUAAGCGUUUUAAUAACACCAGGCUGAGUAAGGAUGAAGUGCGUCCUACAUGAUGGAAAAACUUAAAAGUGAGUGCUAGAUUUUAACAUUUAGCUCAGCUUAAACGUUAUAUUACAAGUUAUUUCAAUAAAUCACUCAGUUAUUAUGAUAUAUUACUCAGUUGAAACAUUAGUAACAUGCAUUAACAUGCAAAGAUUAUGGCUUAAUGUAAUUUAUAAAAGCUUUGCUGAAACAAGCUGAUAUAGAAAACAUGGAACAUAGAGGAGCAGUCAGCAAACCAAAGCAAAAAGGGCACUGACUAUUUGACACUGCAGGCGUCCUGUGAUACACAACGCUCUACAACAUUUGGUGCUUUUGUUUGUGUGUUUUUUUGUUUUUUUUUUUAAUUAUCAGCUAAAGUUGCUAAGACUUAGUUUCCUUCAAAAUAAAGAGGAUGUUUAGCAGAGUACACCCUCCAGCUUAUAAAAAGGAAUAUCUGAUAUAUUUGGACUUUUUUUCUGGGAACAUCCUGGGGAAAGAGCAGAAUUGGAGCCAUGAAAAUACUAAUAAUGCCAGCGAAGGGUGCAGUGAAGAGUUGUGACCUCACACAUAUAUUUUUUUGCCUCCCUGUGUUCUUGGGAGGGCCUCUUGCUGAAAGGAAAACAAGAAUUAGAGAGAAAUAGUUGAGUGCUCUUGGCUGGUGGCAGACUGGGUUGCCAUGGUAACUGUGGGGUGAGGUCACCCGGCUGCUGCAGCACCAGUGCAGGGACUCAUUAUGCCACCUCCCAUCUAUCUGUCUCUAUCUGUCUCACACUGAUUUUUCUUCUCUUGCCCUCACUCCAGCUUUUUUAUCCCUGUGCAGUCCCUCCUUUUAUUUUGAUGUCCAGUUGUUUAAGCCCGGCUCAAGAGAGACAGUGGAAGGAGAGAAGGGUAGAAAGGUGGAUGCAUACAGCUAACUUGAUGGUGAAAGAUAAGAAGAAGAAGAAGCAGGCUUUGAGUUGAGAGACAGUUGGUACAAGUGUCAGACUCUUUCACAGUGGUAGGUUUUAGGCAAUGAGAGAGCUAUGCACUGCAAGACUUUUACCCUAUAGACACAUACAAGCGCACAAAUACAUAAACAUAUUGAGUCCUCUAGUCAGUGUGUCCGAAAUGUAAAUGAGACAAAAGCAUUUACUGUUUUUUUCUCGAAAAUUCUUCUGAUCGAGGGCCUUUGUGUUUAUUAAGCCCUGUAUGUCUCUGAACAUAUUGUCUGUAAUCAAAAGUAGAUAAUCUGUUACAACCCAAAUAGCAACACCAAAUAAAAGUUAAUGGAGCAGAAAGCACUGUGUCUACUUUACCAAAACUCCUGUAUGCAAAAUUUACCAUUCCUUUAAUGCACUAUUUUACUUGUACAAAAUCUAAUUUGAAGUUUUUGACAAGUCUUGACAUUUCUGAACGGUUGUGUAAUCAGAGGCACAGUGUCCAAAUAUGACAGCUCAUUGAAAGGGUCUUUCCUUUGGGAGAGGCCUUUAAAGCCUGUUUAACCAAAUCAUGCCUCAUUACUGCAGAUGUCAUCAGAUCCUGCAGCUCAUCCGGUCAUUGACACAAAUAGAACUGUUCUUAAAGUAUGAUAUGUGAUGAUCUCUUUUGCCCUUAUUAAAGGCAGUUUCAUCAUACCUACCUCUUUUAUCAUAAGGGUCAGUUCAAAAACCUGUUUCUAUUGAUAUUUCUGUAAUCUUUGUAUUUGUCUUUUGUUUGUGUUUUGGGAAAUUUGAAAUUUAAGCAAGACAGAGGUUUUAUACCAACUUGUUACAGGCAUUUGUUUCUAUACAUGACAUUUUACAGUAAAAAUAAACCAAAAAAUAAAAACUCAAGUUGAAUCCCAAGAUCCAGCCUGAGUGAAAAUAAUUUUUUGUGUUAUUGUGUGUGUGUCUGUGUGUGUGUUGCAGCCAGAGAAUCUGCUCCUGGCCAGUAAGAUGAAGGGAGCAGCAGUGAAGCUUGCAGACUUUGGUCUAGCCAUCGAGGUGCAGGGGGACCAACAGGCAUGGUUUGGUAAGAAGUUAGGGCUGCUCUUCCACCCUGAAGUGAUCAUCUUCUCUGCAAUUCUUUUAUUGUUCUCACUAGAUGUGGCCAUCUUUGCUUUAGCUACAAAAUCUGUUCUUGGCACCAAGUUGUAAUUUGUUAAACUAAAUCAGGACUAAUAGAGCUUUAUUUCAAUCACUUUAAAAAAGAAAAGUUAUGUCUACAAAAAUAACUUAUCUUUGACAAACGGUUUAUGAGAACUCUUGUAAAUAAUCUGCAUAGUGUGUUGAGUAAUUCUGCUACACUCUCUAAGUUUUUAGUUGGGGUUACUUAAGGUUUGAUUGUAAAGUUUUCUAUUUAAACUCAAGGUCUAUUUUUUACCCUUCAUAGCACUUGAUACAGAAAUCUGAACUUUAUGUUGAACCAUUUUUCCUUCUCAAGUGAAUCCUAAAUAUAAAAAUAUUAGACACUCUGUUUUCUUUCCAUGAAAUAGUUGAUUUUGUUUGAUGCAGAAUAUAUCAAAUUUGUAUUUUUGUUUUUGUUUCACAGGUUUUGCAGGAACUCCAGGGUACCUGUCACCAGAAGUGUUGAGAAAGGAUCCAUAUGGCAAACCUGUAGACAUAUGGGCAUGUGGUCAGUUAGUUGAUAUUCAUUUACCAUUUCUGUUUUUGUGUAUGCAAACUCAUAUUUUUUAAGAAAGUAGUAUCUCUGAAACACAUUUUUAGGUGUUUAUCUACAGUUUUGUAAUGUGAGUUUUAUAUGUGUGUCAGGUGUGAUCCUGUACAUCUUGUUGGUGGGCUAUCCUCCUUUUUGGGAUGAGGACCAACAUAAAUUGUACCAGCAAAUCAAGGCUGGUGCAUAUGAUGUGAGUAUUCCUCUCUGAUUUAUUAUUGUUGUCACUCUCCUAUGUAGGUAUAUUCCUGUAUAUCGAUACAUACCAGUCUCAUGUGAGUUUGGCAAUAGAAUAUGACCAUAAAGGAGAGAGUGAGAGACAGUGCCAGGUUAAGAUAACAGCAGCUGGUGUUGAGGAUGCAAAUAUGAAGUAACUGCAACAAUACAUUAUUAAACCAUUAUGAAAACAAAUAUUAGUAGAAGCCUGCAGUAGUUUUUAAUUGAAGUCAGUUGACUUAAAGUAAACACAAACCACACUCAGUUGAUACACUCUGUACUAGAGAGGCUCAACUUUUUUACCUUUGCCAAAAUAGAUGUUGCCUGUUCAAUCCAAAAGUCUAAAUUUAUUGCACAUUUAUUUUCAUCAACCCUGACUUGUGGCUUGUGUCGAUUCGAUUAUCAUAGUUGGACCUGGUCUUCCAAUUCCAAAUUCUUCAAUAUCUGUACCAAGCUUUUUUUGUCUCCUGCUAUAAUUUGCUCCCUUGGGUCAUCGAAACAUGAACAUCUGAGUCUCGGACAGUUGGUUCUUCGAACGCUGAAAAAGGUAUUUCCAUCUUUAAUGUUGCUCCCUCUUUAUCUUUCUCCCCCAGUUUCCUUCUCCAGAGUGGGACACAGUGACCCCUGAGGCCAAGAAUCUGAUCAAUCAGAUGUUAACCAUCAACCCUGCCAAACGGAUCACCGCCGACCAGGCCCUCAAGCAUCCCUGGGUCUGCGUAAGUCACAUUUCUUUUCCAGUUUUCAAAUAAAAAUGUACUUUUGCCCAGUUCAAGAAAUACUGAUCUGUGUCAUAUAUGUGCUGGAGCAGAAUUUAUAGUUCUGGGUGUAAUUAAACACCUUCAAAGUUCUCACACACUUGCUUAAGACUUGCUUAGAAAACACUUCGAUGACGUUUUAACUUCACCAAGGCAAAAAUGCUUCCGAUUGGCUGGCAGGCAUCAUAUAACAGUGGAGUGAAAGCAGUGCAUUUGCUGACAUGAUGAUAUGAUUAAGUCCAGUUCAUUAAAAAUGUGAAUUUCUCUCCUUUUCAUGCAGCAACGCUCCACUGUAGCCUCCAUGAUGCACCGUCAAGAGACUGUGGAGUGCCUGCGCAAGUUCAAUGCCAGGAGGAAACUCAAAGUGAGUGUGGACACAUACUCAAAUAUAAAUAUAUAUAUGUACACACAUGUCACUCUUUGCCUUAUAAUGCUGAUUUUUCUCUGUUUCCUCUAGGGAGCUAUCCUCACAACUAUGCUGGUGUCCAGAAACUUUUCAGGUAAGCUUUGCAUGAAAAAAAAGCAACACAAAUCAACUUCUCACUGUAGGGAUGCUGAUGUAUUUUGUCAGUAUAGACACUAAAGGACAGCGGACUUUUCCCUUAUUAGGCCUUUCAUAAUGGCCGAGUAAUUUGCUUUUUGCUUUGCUUCUACCUGUGAUCAUUAUCUUCAUCGGCCUGAAUGUAGUUCUUACUUAACCCCUAAACUUUAUUCCUGUUCACAUUUCCUCAUCAGCUUUGUCUGCAGUUUUGAGUUUUCACUUCAGGGGUUCAGUUUGGAUUUCUUUCUUGUUCGAUCACAGAGACACAGGGUCACUCUUCAUUAAAAACCCAAUGUUCAGGGGAGUUGAUGGCCAGAAAAAUAAUAUAUUAUGGUAUUGUCUCUGUGUUUAUAUGCUUUCAUGUCAGUCAAUCAGCUCCUGUGGAUAAGCCAACUGUCUUUAACUGUUCAUGAUAAAGGGAGCAGACAAGCCAGACCUUUACAUUGCAUUUAACAGACCUGUAGGCCCAUUCAUCAAGCAGAUGUCAGAGGAAGUAAGAUCAAGGAUUUCAGGGCACAGGUAUUUAGGUGCUAAAAGGAUUUCCUGUCCGCUGCUCAAGGAUCAUUUUUCUCCCCUGAUCCAAACAUGCUUUAUCAUUCUAGUGCAAAACACUGAAAUAAAAUGGCUGUCAGGCUUUAGGGAGGCUCAUGCCCUACCUGUGCCUCCAUAUUGAAUCCCUCUCUGUCCAAUAGUGGGACGGCAGCAUACCAGCCCUGCCGCUACCACCAGCACGGCCGCAAUGGCACAGGAAGGUACGUCUGCUUGAGGGGAUGUUGGAGUCUUGCACUGCCAACUUCAGACUCAGGCUAUUGGCAUGUAGUCUGGGCUGCUUGAACCCCUCCACCUCGUGCCUGCUGCUCCCGCACAGUGAUGAAACACUUUUGAAUGGUUGUCAUUGCACUGGGCCAUCCUACAGACACACACAAACAUCAACAUGUAAAACCAGAAACAGAGCUUAGUUUUUGACCUUGCAGAGGGGCUGUGUGUUUUGAUGCUAAUGGACAAAGCUCCUCUCCAGGAAGGGCUAUUUAAUUUCCCGUGUCGAACACAACAGCCAUUUAACUGACACCCAGCAUGACCCUCUGACCUCCAUCUAAGUACUGCAGCUGCCACCAAGCAAAGCUCUGUUUACACCUCUCUGCAUUAACACAACAGGCUGCAUGUCUCUUUCCUCUGCAGCAGUUUCUGCUUUUAUUAAACACAUGCAAAUAGACACACCAGUUUUCCUUCAAUGAGCUGGUUUGUUUCCACAAUACUCAGCGGAUUCCCGGUCGAUGCCUGCCUGUGAUUGCUUCAACCUUCCUACCGCAUGGCUGUGGCACUAACCGCCAGCCAAGCAUGUGUAUGAAUUGACAGUAUAGUAUGCUUACCUGCAUGGGAAGCUGAAAAAAAACAAAAUGUAAAGUGUCUGUGUUAUCAAUAUUUCUCUGUCUUCUCUCUUCUGCCUGCCCUGUUGUUUUUGUGUGAACAGACAAAACCAAAAACACCUAAAAGUAACAGUAUGCUUCAAACAAAAUGCUAGCAUGAGCGCCAAACAGCAUCUUCUGCCUCCAGACCGCUAAAUGUUUCUUUGCAUCCACAAAUAGUCAGAAGUCUAAAAUCUUUGCAGCAUUGCUCCUUUAUUGUUUUUCUAAUAACUGGUUUAAAACACACUGACUGAUAUAAGUUGAAAUAGUGACCUAAAAAUGACCUUUUCGAGUUUACAUUGCAGUUUUGCAUUUAAGUAGAAUCCUUAUUUCUAAGUGUUUAAGAGGUAGUUUUGAAUGAUCAGGUAUUUUUCUCCCUGAACAUUUGAAAGUGCCAAUUCAAUGACUUGUAUUUCUUCUCAUCGACAGUGGGCAUUUGUCAUACUGUUUGUCGUUCUGUCUAGUUUGUAUGAAGCAUACAGAGCCCUAUAAAGGUACAUGUGGGUCAUGUGACAGGGCGAGCUGCUUGCUGAAAGGCUGUUUAUACUGGGGUUAUUUUCUGUUCAGUAAGUGGAUGACACAUAAGCUGGCAGUGAUGGGUAUCUCUCUUAGCCUGCAUCUGAUCGUCACGUUUCCACACUUCCUGAUCAUGAUGCUACACCGAGUGCAAAAGUGAAGGAUAUAGAUCUCAGAUGAUGUUGAUAGGUGACUCCACGGUCUUUAAGCCAUUGAUAAUGCACUCAUUGGCACUUUUUGAGAUAACACUGUGAGCAGGUGCUGCAUGUCAGACAAGUUCAUGAGCCGCACCAUCACCGCAUGAACCCACGACCUCUGUGAAAUGACAAAGAUUGUCUCUAAAAGAGCCUGGCAGCUGUUUGUGUCUGUAGUUGUCAGUUUUCAGUUCAGAUGCUGAAAUGCAGAUAUUAAAUAUAUUACUCUUGUCUUAUCUUCUUUAUUACCCUCCUUCCUACUUUAAAUGGAAGGUAAGGAAGGUUUAUUGAAAGUCUAUGUAAUUUUUCUUUACAAAAGAGUAACAGUAUUUUAUUAUUUACAGUAUGUGUUGUCGUGUGCAUGCUUGUGAACAUUUUCCUUCAGAUUCCUGUGAAAUAUCUGUCUUAUUUAUCGUACAUAAUUUGUCUCUUGUGCAUGCCGAUGUUUGAUCAUUAACAGCUAACAAAAAAUUAGAUAAAGAAAGUUUUCAGUUAGAUAAACUUCUUGGAUUACAGUAUAUUUUGUUUGACCCAGAGAAACGUGUUUGUUUUUUCCUGCUUGUCACAACCACAGUUGAGUUGUAACACUUAAAUGAGAAAUAAUUUCCCUUUUGACUCUUUAAUUUCAGGGAGAUAAGUUGUUUUGUGUAAAGGACCAAUAUGAUACUUGUAACUUGUUCACUUCUUUGAUGUAUUUUUCAUUCUUUUUAUAAGUUUAAAGGAGUUACUUCAGGUCAAAUAGUGGGAUUAGAUUAAUGUAUUUAUUCAAUCAAUCAAUCAGUCUUUAUUUGUGUAGCACUUUUCAUACAAAACCGAUGUAGCACAAAGUGGUUUACAUAGCAGAGGAAUAAAAGAAACUAAGAAUACCCUGAUCUACCUCAGCCCAACCCCUCAUUCCCACCCCGCGAUCAUUUAUUAUGAGUGUCAGUACUCAACUGUCUUGUGUCUGAUGGGAAACUUUAUAGUUAUUUACUUUUUGGGCUGUUUUUGCAGGACCAGGCUGCUAAUGGUAUUACAUUUGCAAAAUAAGAGUAAUAUAAAGGCUUUAAUUUUGGAUAAAUGUGGUUAAAAAAGAAAUAAUAGAAUUUAUAUGUAUUUGUAAAUAUAAAAUAUAAGAAAUGUCUAAAGUUGCAUUUUUUUAAUGUUAUUAUUCAUUUUUUGUGAAGACUUAGUCCAGAUCUUCUCCUCUUUUGUCGUUCCUGCUUUGAUUUGUUCCUGCUCUGUGAUGGCCACUUUGAACAAGGAAUAAAUGAUGUUACGUCGAUGUCUAUAAAUAGAAACAUUAGAAUUUGUAGAUAUUGAUUUUUAUUUCAUUAUCCUUUUUUAUAAUCCUGAGUAGUUCUCAACAAUUUAGACUCCAAAUCACAGGAAUCAAAGAUUUAAUCAUUUAAGUAGUAGAAUAUGUGAGAUGACACCAGGACUCCAAAUCAAGUUUUCAUUUUUAAUUUUUUAAAUCAGCUAAUUGCUUUAUUUAUUUAUUUCUUUUUUGAUUGUCAUAUAAAUACUUUUGAAAAUGUGUCCUGACCAUCUCCUCUCUCUUUCCUCUAGCAUGCAAAACCUUACUAAACAAAAAGUCGGAUGGAGUAAAGGUAAGCUCUCUCUCACAUAUGAAGGAUUUAUUGACCUUACUGUCUUUUUCACUCUACCUGUCUUCUGCUGUCCUCUUUUUUUGGUCUACCACCCGAGCGAUUUUCUCUGCCUAUUUUAAUCUGUUUUCUCUGAUAUUGGAAAUGUAUGAAAAGCAGUAUAUUUGUUUUUUGGUUGAAUAGUCCAUUUUCUUUGGUGCUUUGAUCUAUUGUGUAACAAGUAAAGUUUAAAGAUUUUUUUCUGUGCUCAGGAAAAAGGAUCUUUGAAAUUGUCUUGCUAGUCGAUUGUGUUGAACAGCAAAAUAUAGAUAAAAAUAAAUAACAUUAAAGUGAAUGUUAGAGUCUGAAUAGAGACCAAAAUGCUUUGAAAGUAAUGCCAAUUUUACAACCGCCCCCAGGUUUUUCUCAGAUUUACUUCAAUUUGAGCUGCCAUUACGUCUUGGUGCUCACUUUAUUUUGAUGUGCAGUCAGCGUCAGUGCAUGCAAUGAAGCGCCAUCAUCAGCAAGGACAAAAAAAAUAAAUGCAGUGACUCAAACAAUCAAUAAAUUCCCCCUAAAUAUGACCCGUAACAUUUUAAAGAUAUAUAGCAUAAAUCAUUUUUUAAAGGUUUUAGUUGUCUUGUAAAAGAUUUCUCCCUACAUUGUUUUCCUUGCUAAUUCUUUGUAUUUUCCUGAAGUCUAUUUAGUAUCCCUGUGUCUCAUCUCCCUUUCUUUACGCAACUUUUUGGUUUGUCUUUCUUACUGGAAUCGAACUGGCAGCUUCACUUUUUUUACGAUUACUAUCAGCUCUUUGUUUCCCGAUGACCCUUUAUUUUUCCUCCUCCUUUCCAUUGCUGUCUGUCAGAAAAGGAAGUCCAGCUCAAGUGUUUGUUUGAUGGUGAGAUCAGUUCUGUCGAUUUUUAUUCAUUUUUGAUUGUUUUCCUCUCUCUCCGUUUUUCUGAGUAUUUUUACCCCUGCGGUCCUCCGCUUACUUUAUUUUAUUUUUUAAUUUCCUUUGGACAGAGAUGUUUAAGGCGUCUAUGUUCAGUAUCUGUUGGAUUUCCCAACUCCAUCCAACAUCCUCGCAUCCUCUUUUGCCAUAAGCGCCACCAAAACCAUUUCAACCACUGACAUAUAACACACAAACCACUGACACCCAUCAAGUUACCCACCUCUGGUACUUGUGAUGGAGAGAAGAUAAGGCACUCUGGCUCACUUACCAACAUCUCUUACAGGAGUAAGAUUGCAGCUCACCAUACAAAUGGAUAUACAAUCCCUCCCUUCUUUUAAUUAUUGCAUUCUUACCAUACCAUCAUUAUUCUCCCCCUUUUUCCAGUAAAAAAAACAGCUGUCUUGGUCACCUGCAUUUGAUCUACUUUUAAACCACAGUCAAUUGAGGCUUUGAAGAUAUUACUCUUUAUAACACUUAAUUAAUAUAAAGUUAUUUUUAGCAAUUUUAUUUCAAAACUUUAGGAGGAUAUCUGUAUUUAAUUAGAAAUAUUUGCAAUUAUACUGAAGUUUUAAAAUUAGUAUAAAUAUAAGUAUAAAUAAAGUAUAUCCACUGUUUAUUACAGACAGAGAACUGCAGCCAUGUCACAUUUUCACAUCUGUAGCCCAAAGUUUGUAUCUCCCUGAUUCACUCACCGUUUGGGAUUUUGGUAUUUUAGUCUUUUUGGGAUUUAAGCACAUAAACAUUUUCUGGAUGUGUCAAACAGAGUCGUAUGACUCACCUCACCACUGAGCAUCCAAAUUGUUCAUAUUAAGGUACUUGUCAAUGAUAAAUUUAUUUGCCAUAGGAGAUCUAAGUCAGCUUGACCCUUUGUUGAGAAAUCAGCUGCAGAACUGGAGCAGAAGCUCCAGGAUAUCAACCACUGCAGACUGGGUCAGCUCGAUUUUAGCUCAUUUAAAUUAACUCAGCUUUAAACACUGUUGUUUGAGUAAAUGAACAAUUAUUGUAUUUUCAGUACCUUACUUUGCUAUCAGAUAACCCAUUUGUUUUUGUACUCGUUGUGGAUUUGAUUUGACACACGGCCAACAGGGCACUGAUCAGCUGUAGGGGCCUAUGACCUACAAGUCAAUGUGACUUUUGCUCAUUAUUUAAAGAAAUAUUUUGAAUAACAGACAAAAUGUUCAAAAAUCUUUCAAAUUAUCAAAAUAAAACUAAAAAUCCAAAUUAUUAAACUAAAAAAUAGCUUAACUUAAAUGUAGAGAAGGUAGUUAUACUUACAAGAUUUGCAGUCAUUUCUUUGUUUUAAGACUCAUUUCUAUAGCGCUCUUUAGGCCUAAUUACAAUAAGAAUCAUUAUAUUGCUGCACAUGAGUUUCCUGCAUCUACCUUUUAAGAAGAGCAUUUUUGGAGACCAAACUUUGAUGAGCAAAAAUCAUUCAACCCGAGACAAAUGUCUGAUCUAUGUACAGAUUUAAGCUAGUACUGUGUAAGUGAUUGAUACCAUACCAUAAAAAAAACAUUUGUCUUUGAAGAUUUCAGUUCCUGUAGUAUUUUAGUUGAGAGAAAUACUCAGUUUACUGAACUAAAUCCUCAGAGUUUCUGUGUUACAGGAAGUCUGAUGUUUUGAUUAAUCUACGACAAAGAACUCUUUUAAGAAAGGAUUCCUGAUUAUUAAAUCGAAGAAGGAAAAAAAGAUAAAGUACUAUUUAGUGAGCACUUCCUGCUGUGGUUUCGUAACUCUGAUUCUCAAAAGAGAGAGACUGAUUUUCACAGCAGUGUACGUCAGAGAAAUAAAGUCUCCUUGUUCUUGAAGAGGUUGUGCUGUUGCUUGUUGUUCACAGUCUUUUACAUGAUUUUUCCUGCCAAAAGAUGAUCAUGAUUGACCGUAGAGAUCACCAGAAUAGUUUUUCUGUGGAAUAUUUGCUCCUUUAAAUGUUGCAGAAAAGCUGCUGAAAAAAAACUCCCAGCACUUCUGCUAUCUUUUGUAGAUGUAAUCCAUCCGUCCACACCUCUCAACUUUCUUUUGGAGAAACUGAUUUGCAUUCAAGCAGCUUCUCUUUCUGUUUCCCCUCCAGUCAGCCUGAGGCAGAGUCCAGCUCAAACUGUGUUUCCUUGUUCAGAUCUUACACUCCAUCUGUCAUCAUGCAGCUGAACCACUAUUCGAGCCUGCAAUUUCUAACAAAACAUGACCAAAAGAAGUGUUUGGGUGAACAAAAAAUAUUAACUCAAUGAAACUUUUUUAACUACACUUCCAUAAAGGCUUGACUUUAUCAUAAAAAAGUAGAUCAAAAGACAGAGAUCCUGUUUUUUUCUCUAGUUUAGGUCAAACUGUAGUCUGGUACUGCCAGACCACCUCACCUUGGUGGAUGGAUCUUGAAUCUUUUAGUCCAUCUCUAUUUCAAGGGAGUUUUAGUGAUGGCUGCAUGUUGAAUGUCUCUGAAAACCACUGGACAGACCCGCAACUAUUCAGAGCGGUACAGCAUGUCAUGUAGCGCAUAGCAAUAGAAAAUGUAAACAUACAGUGGCAUGUCGAGGAAAGAAACACACUCCUCUAACCAAAGAAAGUAGCUGACAGGCAAGAGAAGCUUCUUUUUUGUUUCUUUAUGUAGAAUUUAAAUAAACAAACACGUUUAGAUUGUUGAAAAUUUCACAAAUUACUCUGAGCAGCAAUUUUUGGAUGACAACAAUACUAUGAGUAUGAAAUUAACUAAAAUAAAGCUAAAAUUGUUGGGCUGAAAAGACUGAAUAAAAAAUCUGAAGUUAGUUCAGAUGAAUCUACAUGUGUGAAUAUAGAAUUUGCUGAUAAAAUCUACCAUGUAAAAUUUAACUUCUAUGUUCUACAUAAAUGCACCAAACUUUAUGUUGAAACACAAUAUUUAGACCCUUAAAACAAUGAAAAUGAAUGAAUGUACAUCUGACAAAGGCACAGUCUCAAACUGCAUCUUUUUUUAGUUUUUUCCAGAUCUUUUUUUCCAGAUCUCCUUUUUGUCUGUUUAUUUUUUUAUUUGUUUAUUUCGUUAUUGGCAAACUAAAUUAAAAUUUUUUGUUUGGACUGAGGAUUGACUCAUCCCAUUUCAGUCAAAGCACUUAACAGGGACCGUCAGAGUUCUGGGUCAGACAGCCUUUAGUAUUGCGUCAAGAUCAGCUUCUGUUGAUAUAAAGAAGGGAAAUAAUUACAUUAGCUAUAUGUAAACUUAGUGUUCUCCUCAAUAACAGAAAAACUUGUCAUCAGAGCCUUUCACUGCAUGCACAGACCUGAACUGGACCCCAUUUAAGAUGAAAACCUGGCCUGGUUAUAAACGCUUUGACUAUGUUGCAGGCAAGAACAGGCUGCUGUACAACCUGUCAAAGAUUCAAACUUGAUAUUUCUCCUUUAAGCUGAUUUUUAAAUAAUGUAAUUCAAAGGUGCUGGGACAAAAUGAAAACCUAUAGUCUGAUGUUAUAUCUGUUGUUUUUAAAUGUAUUUGCUGACUAACAUUUGUGCAUUUCUACUUUUUGAACAAUGUAAUAUGACUGCGGUUUUGCAGACACUAAAUGCAGGCUUGAACUAGGAUGCUCAAAGAGUGAUUCAGACACUUAGUGGUCAUGGUAAUGUAGAAAUAAAAAGACCCAAGUCACCUAAACAAGCUAAGAAGUUCAAUGCUCGAUUAUAAGAGUCAUGUUGCAGAUUGGAGGGAUAUAUAGAUACGAGAAAGCGUCAGAUUAUUAACACAGAUUUCAAAGUUUAUAAUGUUUAGUAUUUAAACCCACUCCCAUACUGUGCAGUUUAAACUCCUAACCAUUUGUAGUAAGUUAAUAUCUUUAUAUGGCUGUGUUAUAGCCAUAUCCCUGUUUUCCACAUUAGAUUCCCAUAGGUUGGUUUAUUGCACAGAGGCAGCAGUGGGAGUCAUUCUGUGUUGUGUUUCUUUGCCUCGGUCGCAGGGGAACAACAGUAAUAACAGUGUAGUAAGCAGCAGCAGCACCAAAGACAGCAGCAUGUCAUCUACAGCACCAAUGGUACCUCAUUUUAUUUGUUUUCUCUCACUUUGCUUUCGAUGUCAUUGUUUCAUCUUUUUCAUCCUCUUAGUGUUUAGUUAUGUCUCCUCCUCAUCUUUUUUGUCACAUCCCAUGUAAAGUGAAAUACUCUCUGGACUUCAUCCUCUCUCGUCCUUCAUCCUCUGACUCUAUAUUCAACACAAACUGUGAUGUUGGCAGUAUAUUUGACACCUUCAAAUUGAAUUGCUGGUUUGAGCCUGAGAGCAUCUUUCCUAGCUUGUGUUUUACCCAGACCCAUUGCAGCGAUACACAAUCUUUUUUUUACUCAGAGCCCAACACUGACAGGAAGACAAAUGACUUUCAUUUUCUGAUACACAGCAGACACUUCAAUCAAGUUCUGCUCGGCCAAUUCCUGAAGACACCUUUGUGUGUUCAGGAAUUGUCACCUGAGAUUUGUUGAUAGUUUGUCUUUGGAAGUAAAAGGGUUUCUGCACUUUCUCUAAAAGCAGAGCCGGAAAAUCUCAAGUCCUAACCUUUGCUACAUUAAUUCAAAGCCAAUUGUAAAUUGUUGUUUUUUUGGUUUAUGACUCUUAAAUGUGAUGAGGACUACUGGGUAAAACAAGAGUUGGAGGGGAUGGGUAACAAAGUGACUGUUAUGUCAUGAAAAUGCAGCCCCUGUGUUCAUGUCUGUAAUGGGACUGGCUCAUAUAUGACACGCUAAAGCACGUUAAAUCUUGAGAAAAGUUUCAAUCUUUUGACGUUACUUUCUUAGAGUGGGUCACAUGAUUUUUACACUGUCUCCACAGGGACAUUAGCAGUCUGCGCACCAUUAAAAGCAAGUUACUUUUGUUUGACAGAUUCCUGUCCACCACUGAGUAUCUCAGGAAUUAGUAACAUGAAAUGCAAAGUUAGCUAUUUUGUAUAUAAUAGAAAAGAAAUCACUGCAAACCCACAUUUUCUUUAAGGGGCUGCAUUUUCUGUAUUUCUAGUUCAUGGGUAUCAGGUCUAGUAAGGAUUGAGAUCAGGAUUCUUAAUAUGUGACGGACAAACUUAUUGCAUUUCCAUAGAUUUGAUUUCCACACAGUGCUGCACUUGGGGCGUCAUUAUUGCUUUGAGCUUAAUGUGUUUGGGAAAGGGUCAAAGUUGAGGAUGAGGGAAAGUAAGAUAUCACAACCGACAAGCUUUGAAAGCCUGUUAGUAAAAUCAAUGAGCUAAAUCCUAAAUAUUAAGAUUUCUAAUAGAAAACUUUGUGCUUGGGUUCGUAAUCACAUAGUUCUCAUUUGCUCCUCGGAUACUUUAUUUAUUAAAUGCAGAAUUGGAUAUUUCGGAGCCUUCAAAAAUUGUAAGGUUAAAGGCACUCUUAACUCAUAAAACAUAGUUGCUUGCUCAUUGAUUUGGACCCUCCUCCUCAGUCUUGGCCCUGGUUUGUGAAUAUUGUUUGAGCUGCUUUGGACUGUCCAGUGUUGCUUUCAUUACUUUAAGAGACCGUUAGACAUUUUAGGGCCACGGUGCUGGUGAAAGGUUGAUCAAACUGACACUGAGCGCCUUGACAUCUACAUUCAUCUACGCAAUCACUUCCAGUGCUCCACAGCCUCUUCACUGUAGCCAUGUUUUGGUGUGCACACAUGCCUUUGUUUUGUAUAUUUGUUGUCGUGGAAUACGUUUGUAUUCCCUGGCAUCUUCCCUGGUGUCCCCCUACCCAUUCCCUCCCUGCAUGGUAAAGUGUCUCCUACCUCCCCCCAGGAAGCCCAGACAACUGUUGUACACAACCCAGCUGACGGCACUAAGGUAAGGCCCUCCUUCUCCCACCACUAGCCACCAGCCACUACUAACACCCGCAGGGAAUUGGUGGAGGAUUGUCUCUAAAUUUACUCCAUACAUCUCCGUCAAAAAUGACCGUAACAACUCGCUACGCCUCAUUGUGCACCUAAUCUGCGCUGGCUUCUGCUGGCAUGUUUCAUCAUUUCUCUUCCUGAUUACCAGACGGGAUCUUACUGGAGAAUUAAAUUCUGUGAACUCCUCCAAUCUGGAUGCAAAUCAGCUUCUGUUUGAAACGAAGGUGCACUUAUCUGGUCCUACUAGAAUAAAUUGUUAUAUUAUAAUCAAUUAAUACUAAAAGGAACAUUAAUUUUUAUAAAUGAUGCAUGUUUGGAUUUGAUGAGUUAUUUAUUGGAUUUAAAAAUCAUACUCAUGUUUUCUUUUAUACCUUUAAAAGUUGAAUUAAUGCUUAAGUUUCAGAGAGGAGCCAGAAUUAGUCUGACUGCUUCCAUCAAAUCAGAAGACUGGCCAAUCAGAGGUCGUGUUACAAUACUGAUCUUAAUUCAAGUUGAGCCUUUAUGCUACUUAUAAAGAAAUCAAAGUAAUAGAGGUGACAUCAAUUGUCCUUAAGUUUUUAUCUAAAACAGGAGCUGAAAAGUUUGUAAUUAGAUUUAGAGUUGUAUAAAGACAUGACAGCUUUUGUCUAUUUUUGUAAUCUUACUUUAACCUUUGAUCAGUUUUCCAGCAGGUUCAAGUCUCACUCUUGAAAAUUGAACAGACUUGGUAAACAGUAAAAUAAUAUUCUUAAGUAUAAAUUAGCUUCUUCUUAAAAUGGUUUUGUUUUUGGUUACUUGCAAUUUGCUGUUACUAUCAGCAAAUAUCAGAUACUGCGUCAUUCUGUGGAGCAACAGGCACUUGCUCUCUACUUUGCAUCCGCUAAAAUUAAACUACCAUUGCGUCUUGUUUAUAAACCUCAUUGCUAUCGGUAGGCGGAGGUGCAGGAUCGAAUAAUUAGGGACAUUGGAAAGGUUGCGAGGGGGAUUAGGAGCUAGCUGAAAUCUACAAUGACCCAGGAGGGGUGUUCCUUCCUAUCUGGUCCUACUGCAGUUUUUCUCAUUGACACCUCUUUCAGCACAUGGUCUGGCAGAUAGGAUCAAAGUGGCCAGCUCUUAUCACCGCUGUUCACACCUAGACGGAUCAUGCAUCUCAAAAUAUAUAGAUUUUAAGAGAUAUUUUUCUCACUUCUUGUGCAAGUCGACAUGAAACCUGAUACACCUGCUUUUAAAAAAGAUUAAAUAAAGAUAACGAAACUGUUGUGGGUGAGGGAGAAGUGUAUUCAUGCGACAGAGCACCAUUUAUAAACAGACUGAAGAGAUUACAUGAUGAAAACAUUUAAAUAUGAAACGUCCUGGUGGGGAAAUCAAAUCUUAAAUUUUAAUGACACAGAAAAUCCUACAUGUACCAUAUUUAAGAACUAAUUACUCACAUCAACUUUCUGCUAAAGCAGGAACUAACCAUCAUGGGCUUGUUGUUUUAUUGUUUUAACUCGCUGAAUACUAGCAUCACUAGAUAUUUAACUUUGCAGUGCUGUUUCGCAAUUUCUUCAGUCUUUUCUCACAGAGACUUCCUUGAGAACACUAAAACACACCAACAUGCCCUCACACACUCGUUAAAUUACACACUUAGAAAUUACUCUCACAUAGUGUCACUCUGUCAUGCGUGGCUCUCUGCGCUGCUGUCCUGGCUGGUUUGUGCUCCUGGGAGGGAGUCGUCCACCCAUCCAUCUGUCUUGUUGCUUAUACAUUGUAUGCGCAAAAGUGUCCGAAGCCUCUUGACCGUGUCUCGCAGACACAUUAACAAAUGACUCAUCUUUUUUUUUCUGCUUCCUUUUUCCUCCAAAACUUCCCUUCUCUCUGUCCUUCUCUCUCUCUCUCUCUCUCUCCUGUCUGACAGGGCUCCACAGAGAGCUGCAAUAACACAGAAGAGGAGGAGAUGAAAGGUAGGAAAGGUACUUGUCCAACUUUUCACCUACUCUGCAUGCCUGGUUACGUUCACUUAUGUCUAUUAAACUCCAGAUUAGACAGAGAAAUACAGUUGAGGAAUUAAUCCUGCACAGUUUUUCUUCAUUGUUUUAAUUUUAUAUGGUGACAGAUAAUGUUAGUUUGAUUGUAAGAAAUAGCUAAGAUCAACAUUUUUCUGUUUGCAUGACUAUUAUCAACAGAAAUGCCUUUUUUUUUACAACCUUAUUUAAGCUCUACAUGUGUUGUAUCAGGAAAGUAUCUAACAUUAUAGACCUCCAGGCUUACAUCUGUUUGACAAAUCCAACAUUAACUCCUUCUUAACCCACCUCAUUGGUACUUGGGCCGUUUUGUUUCUGUGCAUGACUGAUCCCCAGACUGCUUAAGCCGAACAUUAGUCAUUUCCAGGCUGGGGACGACACUUAUUGUCUGGAGAGUUGAGUGGAGAAGGACAGAGCGACUGCAGUUCUCCAGUGUAGUUAAUCCGGUUACUUAGGGCAGCUUUAUACAGGUUUACUUACCAGCACUGGAUCUGACAGCAGCUCAUCAUUGACAUACAAAGAAGAGUCUAUUGUUCCUGUUUCUCUGAGAUUUGUUAGAAUACAGAUUUAAACAUUAGUAGGAUGAAUUAGCUCAUUGUUUUGUAAAGUCAGAUCGAAGUUACCUCUUAAACCCCGAGUCACAUGGUUGGUUAAGGAAAUGUCACCUGCUGGUUUGCUGAAGUGACAGAAAAGUAAACACAAUGCUCUGACACUUAAAACUGAUAACAAGUUUGGUCAAAGAUUAAAUGUAAAUUAAAAAAGUGCUUUAUUGCCACUAGUGUCGUCAGACAGGUUCAGUUUUAAUCAUAAAACAGUGUAAGUAAAGUCUCACAACAGUGUGAGUUAUGAGUGUUUUAACAAAGUUUUGUAACAGUAAUAUUUUGCAGUAUUCAGUGAGUUUGUUAUUCGUGUAACUAAUUAUUUGUAAUAAUAAGGGAACAGGAUAAUUAUCCUUGGCCAAAUCCUUGUACAUAGUAAGUACCUCAUGCUGAAACCUGUCAUGACUGUCACUCUGCUGUGAUGACAUUCAGUGCUGUAGCAGAGUGCUGAUCUCUGACUCGUACCCAAAGCUUCUUACAUGUUAUUCACUUUAGAGGACAGGUGACCUGAGAGGUUUGGCCACUUGUUCAGCUCAGUUCUUUGUAUCUAGUCUCCACAACUGUGCUCUGUAGAUUUUCAUGUCAUUCUUUGUGCAUUUUUUUGUCAUUAAUUUUUCUUUUUAUUUAUGAUUUUUUUUUAAAUUUAACUUCCAGAUAGGAAAAGAUAAAGAAAGAUUCCUUAAAUUAUAUAAAAAAAUCAUUUUAACAAGCUGGUACUAAUAAUCAUAAUAAAAAGAAUAUGCAAGAAAAGAAAUAAGCUUAUUAUUGUUGCAAACUGACCUUACAUUAAUCCACUAUGCACUUCUAUUUUAUCCCUUUUUGCUCUGUGAAUACUCAAAAAAACUGUAAAAGUGUUCCCAAACAAACUCAUUCUUGAUAGCUGAUACAUCCUCUGAGGCUCUCUGUCAGUCUGUGUUUGUGUGUCUUUGUUGUGAUGGCUGUAGUGGCUGCCUGUGAGUCUGCUUGCACAGACAGCGCAGUGGUAAGCCUCUGCAGCACUGCUGAGGAGCAGACCCAGACUCUGUCUCCUCUCUGCCCACCACCCACCAUCUGUAAGUCAGCAACAAGUUACCUGACUCACCUUUGAGCUCCAACCUCUGUGUGCUGACCUUUCCUCUCAACGCUAAGCAACUGUCUCUGGCAACAAAUCUGUCCCUUAAAGCAGAGAAAGUCACUUAUUUAUUUGAAAGGCUUCAUAUGAAAACAGUAAACAACAAUACCAGAUGUUUUCUGCUUUUCCUAAUGUUCCUGCACUGGCCUGCUCUGCCAUCUGCUGCCAUCUACUGACACUAAAACCUGACUACACCCUCCUGUUCCCCUUCUACAGUAUAUCUGAGUGUCUGGAGUCUAAUUUCCUUCAAUGACUUCUUGAUUUAGUUUGUGCAGAAUAAGCAUCAUUUAAUACCAUGGCAAUGGUUUGAUACUCUCAAUUUUCUAAAUAUAACUUUAUUUUACCGGGAUGGCUGCGUGCAGCUCAUGCUCUGCAGGAGGCUGUGAGCAGCCCCAGUGCUCCUCAGACCAGUUCAGCUAAGAGCUCCUGUCCUGAACCAGAGUCCAAUCUGUUGCCCCCUGCAGGCAGCAGCUGUAAACUGCUGCAGCGUAAGUGUCAGGUUGUGUGGUGUGCAGGUUGUGCUCCUGAAGCAGUGCGCUUACUCGCUGUCUUGACUUUGGAGACUUCAAGGAAUAAACUGUCUUUAAGAGAAAACAGUUAUGUACAUGUGCGGAGGACCUGCUGGAUGGUUUCUUUUGCUCAGCUGCUGCAUAUUUGUUACAUUGAGAAUAUUUUUAACUCUUAAAAAUCUGUGUUCAUCUGUGCUGGUGUAGUAUCUUCUUCAGUGCACUGUUAGGUGUGUGUUUGCAUGUUGUUUUGCAUGAGUUUGGAGGUCAGGAGACACAGGUCAUCUUCAUUUUUGUAAAGGCUAAGUACAGUUGUUAAAGGGAUAUUCCAUUAAGUCAUGGUCAAACACACUGUACCAUCCAUAGACUGUAUGGUAACAUCAAAUUAGACGCCCCCUUGAGAGAUGAAUUUUGUCGACCACUGGCUUCUUUAGUUACACAAACUUCAGCAACGACCGCACAAUGGCAAUACACAGCAGUCUACGUCUCUAAGCGUGAACCUCUAUCAAAACGCCACUCUAUAGCCACAAAUAAUGCUCAGAACAGCACCUAACUUCAUCAGCAGUACAUAUAGGGUUCCAGCACACAGUACUAGCCACCAAACAUCUGAUUUCUUUAGCAAAGAGACUAAACACAACUCACCCACUCUCCUCCAGCAGCCACUAGUCUGUGGGGAAGCCCUGACGAGUCGAUCACCAAGUGCAGUGGUGUUCUGCAGCUCAAAAAAGAAAAUUUAUGAUCAUUUCUUCAUGGAAAUGCAAUCAGACCGAGACGUUAAGGCAGAAGAACUACUGCAUCUGCAGUGCAAAAUGAUUAAUAUAAUGAUUAUUACUUCAUGGAAAGAAGAACUAGAGAAGCAAGCGGUUGGCAAAAUUUAUCUCUCUCGAGGGGGUGUCUGACUCUGUGUUACAGUGUGUUUGACCAUGACUUAAACUUACACCGGAACAUCCUUUUAAGCUGCAUUUUGAGCUCUGAUAUGUUGAUCAUUUUUGUACAUGAAUUCCUCCCCAAAAAAGCCCAAUAUGCCAGUGAUCCAAAUAAAUCAGGGUAUAAAAAGAUUAAAAAGGAGUCAGGGUGACUUUAGAUGUCACUAUUCCACCAGAGACUGCACUCAUAUUCCUGUCAAAGUCAGUGUUUUAAAGGUAGUUUAGGAAAUGCAUGAAGUGUGAUAUCUUUUCUUUAACUGCACCUCUUUGUCCUCUCUCUCUACUCCUCCUUCUUUCUGUUUUUAGCUCGUAAACAGGAGAUCAUCAAGAUGACGGAGCAGCUGAUUGAAGCCAUCAACAAUGGGGAUUUUGAGGCGUACACGUAGGUUUUCAUUUACAGUUCAAACAAUCAAACAGUCAAAAGUCAUCAGCCUGUCCUACCUCAAAAAUGCUUGUUCAGAAGUCAGAAUAAACCAAAGCUUUAUGCGUCAUGUCAUCUGAUCUACAGCUUUCACCCCCUCACUUUCUCUCUGCGAGUAAUUCUUGAGCUGAAGUUUGUAUUUUCCUUUGACAGAAGAAUCUGUGACCCUGGACUGACGUCUUUUGAGCCAGAGGCUCUUGGAAACCUUGUGGAGGGCAUGGACUUCCACAAGUUCUACUUUGAAAACUGUAUGUUUGCUCAUUUAAAGUCUAUUUUAACACAGUCUGCAGUCACUUACAGCUGUAUGUCCUUGUCCUCUUUGAAUCCAUAGACUCUGAGAAGUAGAGUUAGCCUUUGUUGACAAAUUAAGACUAAAUCCAGUUGAGCUCUUGAUUCAUUUAAAGUAAUUUUUAACUCUCCCCUUAGCCUUCUGUAAUCAGUCAGAAAAAUCCCCCUGCAGACUAAAGCCUGCGGAAAACAUAAUAGUCCUGAUUUUAUUGAUCUCGCUUCACAAUUCUGUUGUAUUUUUCUAACCAAACAGCUGACACUGAAGUUUCUGUCCCCACAGUACUGAGUAAAAACAGCAAACCAGUGCACACCACCAUCCUCAACCCCCACGUCCAUCUGAUUGGAGAUGAGGCGGCCUGCAUCGCCUACAUCCGGCUGACGCAGUACAUUGACAGCCAGGGUCGGCCACGCUCCUGCCAGUCAGAGGAGACGCGUGUGUGGCACCGCCGGGACACCAAAUGGCUCAACGUGCACUUCCACUGCUCAGGAGCACCAGCUGCACCCCUGCAGUGA